AUGGGAAACGCAGAGAGCGGCUGCGUAGGUGGUAGUGGGGACGAGGAGGAUGUCGAAGCCGAGAGCCCCGGGUUCGCGGAAGGCAGCCCGGCCUCUGCGGCCACGGGCGUCGGCGUUGCAAACAGUGGAGGCUCUGGUUCUGGAAGGAGCGGAAGGGGAUCGAAUAACCCUCCAGUUCCGGGCUGCGGACCACCUACUCCCGGUGUCCUUUUAGAGCAAGUCAAACUGAGGGAGGCGGCGGCCCGCAUUAGCGACUCGGGGGUCGCCAUUCCUGAGUCGGUCCUGGCCGGGAAUGAGGGCGUCCUGGUGCGGUGGCUCGAGGACCGGUUGAGCCGGGGAGAGGAAUCUGUAAAUGUGGAACAAUUUUGCGAGAUGCUCGAGAGCCGAGACGCUCCGCGAGAUGAGUGCGAAGAGGUACAUUAUUUCCGCGAGAACUACCAUAAUAUAAAGCCCACAAUAUUGCUUAUACCUCAGAAUGUUAUCAAACAUAGAGCAAGUGUCCAUUAUUUAUGUGAUUCACAUAGGAGUGGCUGAAUGUGGUUUGUUUACAUUGUAGUCCUGGCUACAUGUUCCCUGUCUAACCCAUGCCAGGCAAUAAGUGUGUCACCACACCUCGAGCCAUAAGUGGAAAUUAUGUGCUGUCAGCCCCUUACGUUUGUCAGUUAUCAUUGAUAUUUUGGUGCCAAACCUCCCUCUUUUCUGCUCUAUCUACAACAAGCUGCGUUGUACUUUUUGUAAACCUUUUAGCUACAAUUUCUGUCACGAGUUGAUAGAUGAAUAGGACCUGCUCUGUAAUGAAUGAACACGUUCGAAUAGCUUUGCCUUUAUCUCUGUCAAGGUAUUAGGACAUUGUGUGCCUAUGGCAGGGUAGGCAUGCUUCAGAAUGCUAUGGAAUCCUGACUCACAGUAACAUCCACAAUCCAUAGAAACAGUAUACCUGUCUGGUUUGACAGACAACAAAUUAUAGUGUAAUCUAAUAACAGUUUAUCAGCAGGCAGAUAUCAAAUAGCUCAAUGUUUUGGUUCUAGGGUCUAUGUCUAUGCCACUUUUAUCCAGAGCUGACAGUUGACACUCCUGUGUACUGUCCUAGGCCUUUCCUAGGAGGUUUGUUGUAAAGGCCAGGGGGGGUCAAGGCAUUGGCAAUGUGUCCACCUCAGGUCAGUGUGUCAAAUGUAUUUGCUUCUCUCCUAACCCCGUCACCCAGGUGACGUCCUAGUGUAGACUGAAACGGAGCCGAAAAACCUACGUAGUUGAACGUCUGUGUCCCUAUCCCUAGUUGAAUUUAUUGAGUGUUUUUCUCCCUGCUCUAGGCCUUUGGUCAGUUUGACGCGGAGGGAGAUGGAGUGGUGGACGUUGAGAACAUGCUGAUGUCUCUGAAGAACUCUAACGGGGCCAAUCUACAGGGAGAGCUGAGUCACGUGAUCAGACAACUCCAGGCGUGCACCCUAACCCCAGGUAGGAACAGACCCAAUGUGAUACUGAUAUGUUAUAGGUUAAUGGGGAGUUUAGCUAGAUUGUGGUGGGUAUUCUGUACAUUGUGGAGAGUUGCGACAGGAAGAUUGGGGAAAGGAUAGUGGCAGAGGGAGUGGGGGCGUAGAGGAGAGAGGGAUAGGGAUUUCUGUGUUCACUCAAAGCAUGAGAAAUCUGAUACGUUUAUCUUAUCUCUCUUUAUUUUAGGAUUUGUUGACAUAUUCUCCAAGUCCAAAGACCGGUUGGGAGCGCAUGCCUCAAAAAUCCUGAAGUUCCUCCACAGGAACCGUAUUCCCAGCAGUACCAUCCCUUUCCCUGUUCUAGAGGGAUACAACAGCAUUUGUACCAUGAGGUCUACCGUGGUGCAGGACUUCCUAGAGUUCCUCCUUCAGAAGGAGAAAGGUAAACACAAUUAUUAUAAAACAGUGAUAGAAUACCCUCUGGAAACAUGAAUGUUGUUACAUUUCAUUUGUUAAAUUAGCACAAGCAGAUUGCCUUGUACUAACAACUUAUUAUGACACGUCAAUGACACACGUAUUGCACAUCUUCAGAUCAUGAAGGUCAUGUAAUACUAGUUUUACUCUUUAUUCACUAAGAAACAACACCUCCGUCUGUCUCAUUGAGCCUCUCUGGUUCUCCCUCUCAUCUCUCCCUCCUCCCAGACUUAGACAUCCAGUACAGGGCAGAGUUGAACCGGGACCCGGAGGUGGAUAAAGUGAAGGUGGUCACACAGUGCUACAACUUCAUAGAAGCUUCAUCCAAUGCUGCGGACAUCCACAAGAUGACCAACGGAGAGACUGUGACCUUCUGGCAGUCAGACGGCAGCGCACGCUCACACUGGAUAAGGUGAGAGACUACAGCUAACAAGCAUGGCUUUUUAGUCAGGGUUAGAUCCAAGCGUUCACGUCCAGUUUGAAAGGGAAGUGUGGUUGAUUUCUAAUGUAUACGUCCCCGUGUUGCUCAGUUGGUAGAGCAUGGCGCUUGCAACGUCAGGGUUGUGGGUUCGUUUCCCACGGGGGGCCAGUAUGGAGAAAAAAAAUGUAUGCACUCACUAACUGUAAAGUCGCUCUGGAUAAGAGCAUCUGCUAAAUGACUAAAAUGUAAAUGUAAUGUACCUCUGUAAUUGAAAACAACUUUUUUUUGAAGCAGUAAACAGUAAUCAGAUAUGUAACUUUGUCCUUCUUUGUUUGGCUCCUUUUUUUAUCCAGCUUCUGUGCAAUGUUUGAUUUGCAUGACCAGUACACUAUUAUCUUUGAGUUCAAGUGUCGUUUGAUUAAAAGUGUCAUGUUUAGGGCAAUGAGUUUGACCUGGCCAAGUCACAUUCUCAGGUUAAACUCAGGGCCCUACUUUUCAUGUUACCAGGUUAAACUCAGGGCCCUACUUUUCAUGUUACCAAGUUAAACUCAGGGCCCUACUUUUCAUGUUACCAGGUUAAACUCAGGGCCCUACUUUUCAUGUUACCAGGUUAAACUCAGGGCCCUACUUUUCAUGUUACCAGGUUAAACUCAGGGCCCUACUUUUCAUGUUACCUUAUCGUCGUGUUUUCAGGUUGAAGAUGAAGCCGGACGUGGUGCUGCGUCGCCUGGCCAUCGCGGUGGCGUCCAACGACCACAGCUACAUGCCCCAGCUGGUGUCGGUGGCCGUGGGCAAGAACCGGCGCUCGCUGCAGGAGAUCAAGGAUGUCCGCAUCCCCUCCAACGUCACGGGUUACGUGGCCCUGCUGGAGAACGCCAACAUCACUCAACCCUGUGAGUCAGUCGCUGUCUGCCUGCCUGCAUGUCCUCUCUGCCUGUCUGUCUGUCUGCUUGUCUGUCUGGACCUCUCUUUUCACCUCUGUGAGUCAGUCUCUAGGGGCCUUUCACACUAGAAAAUAAUGAUGCAAAUUGAUGUGGGUGCAAUCCAUCCGGAUCAUAUGUCUCUAAUGUGAAAGCUCCUACUGUAUUACAUACUACUCAAUUCAUCUAGUUAGUCUUUUGGGGAGGCAAGAAGUCUGCUUCUCUGGUUAAGCUUCUGUUUGAAAUUGAUUCUCCCAGGAAUUUGAAUACAGUAUAGAUCAGGGGUCGGAAAACUUUUUGGCUCGAGGGCCACAUCGGGAUUUUGAAAUUCAGUGGCGAAAGAGAGCAGUUAUUUCAAAACAUAUAUCCAUUAUAAUUUCUGCAUACUUUCUAUCUAGUUUUAGAUGAGUUUAUUUAUUUUAUUACUAAAUCCAUCAGGCCGUAGUUUGACCACCCCUGGUGACCGAUUAGUGACAGAGUUUUUAGUUUAAUAUUAUUUUUUUCAGUGUGCCAACUAAUGACAUGUACCCUCUGGGAUUAAGAAAGUAUUUCUAUCCAUUCCUAUCCGAUCAUAUCCUAUCCUACGCCAUUCAAAUCAUUCCGCUCUGUGGCCUCCAGACAUCCAGAUCAACAUCAAGCGGUGCCUGAGUGAUGGUUGUGACACGCGGAUCCACGGGCUGAAGACCCUGGGCUACCAGAUCACUAAGAGUAAAGAGGUGUCUGUGUCUGAUGCCUCAGCUAUCUGGUACCUGUCCCUCCUCACAUCCCUGGUCACAGCCUCAAUGGAGACCAACCCUGUCCUGGCACAGACUGUCCUGCAGAGCACACAGUGAGUACCGACUAGAGACAGGGUUAUGGGGUUAUGGAAGGGUGCUAUGUCAUGCUUAUUUAGGGGUCUGGGCCCGUAGCCACAGUGUCUCAAGAGUAGGAGUGCUGAUCUAGGAUCAGGACCCCACCUGUCCGUAUAUAUUGUCUUAUUCAUUAUGAUAUAAAAGGUGAAACUGAUCCUAAAUCAGCGCUCCUACUCUGAGAGGCUUUGUGGAUACGGGCCCUGAUGUCGUGGUUAUGAAUGGGUCUUAUUGCAUGCAUAUGAAGGGAUCAUCAUUAGGGCCAGGAGUUUCUUUCUGACCACUUGACCUAACCAGGAACAACUCCUAGUCGUCAUGAUUAUGACGUUGUUGUACAGUAUUUCUUUUUUGUCAACAGUAAUUGAAUGCUUUGACUUGAUGUUUUGUUGUGGCACUGUGUCAGAGCUUUGUAUCUUCUGUUUCCUUCUCGUAGAAAAGCCUUAAAGCACAUGCCACCACUGUCCUUAACACCGUCGUCCACUGAGUUCCCCAAGUUCUUCUCCAUGAACAUCCUUGAGGAGGUGGACGGGUUCCUGCUCAGAAUAGCAGAGUAAGUCUAUAGUAGUACUAUAUAAUAUAACUAUAUAAUGAGUGUAACUGACAAUAAAAACAUUGAAAUGAGAAUAGCAGAAUAAUGCAAAGAUCCUGUGAUUACGUCAUUACACUGACAUCACUAUGCUGAUAAUCUCGGAGCCCAGAGAGACUACUAUGCUGACAUCAUUAUGGUGACAUUUUGUAUUUGAUUUAUUAAGGAUCCCUAUAAGCUGUUGCCAAGGCAGCAGCUACUCUUCCUGGGGUCCAGCAACAUCAAGGCAGUUAUAUACAAUUACAAAUAUUACAUGACAUUACAUUUCAUAACACUUUUCACAUCACAUUAAGUGUGUUCCCUCAGGCCAUUACUCUACUAUUACAUACUGUAUCUACUAUAUGAAAUCCACGUGUACGUGUGUGUAGAGUGUGUGUGUUAGCAUGUGUAUGCCUGUGUCCCUGACCUCAACAGGCAGAUAUCAGCACAUUGAUUGAGUGGUGCUAUUCUCUGUGUUAUAAACUGGGUGAUUCGAGCCCUGAAUGCUGAUUGGCUGAAAGCCGGGGUAUAUGAGACCAUAUACCACGGAAUGAGAAACAUUUUUUUACUGUUCUAAUUACGUUAGUAAACUCUGCGUUGCGUCGUGCUUAAGUACAGCCCUUAGCCGUGGUAUAUUGGCCAUAUACCACAAACCCCCUCGUGCCUUAUUGCUUAAAUAUCUUCUCUCUUUGUAAAUACUCUCUCACUAUCUAUUUCUCGCAUGUAGACAUGCACACACACUCACACCCUCUCGCUCUUCUCUCUCUCACACACACACUAUCUCACACCUGCUUGCUAUCUCUCUCUCUCUCUUUCUCUUGCACACUAUCUUACGUAUAUCUCACACCCACUCACCACCUUUCUGUCUGUCUUACACUCACUCACUCACUCACUCACUCACUCACUCACUCACUCACUCACUCACUCACUCACUCACUCACUCACUCACUCACUCACUCACUCACUCUCAACCUCACACCAUUUCCUCUGUCUCUCUUCGACCCCCUGUAGUUGCUGUGUGACCCCUGAUGCAGAACUGACCCUGUUGGCCUUUGCCCUGGCCCGGGGCAGUGUGGCUAAGAUCCUCCAGUCCCUGUCUGGUAUCAGUGAGCACCUGGAGGCAGAGUACAGAGCCUCCUCCCUCAUCUCCUCCAUGGCCUCGGUCAGACUGCGCCUGCUCUACCGCAACGGUAACCUCAACCAACCCCACUUACAGUAUCCUUUCCUCAGUCUUCAGCCAACCCCACUUACCUUAUCUACUAUGUCCUUCAUGCAGGUGUUAGGUGGUCAUUUUAAACCAUACCAUUAGGAGUAGAAGCAGUAUGGCUGUAGUAGUUGAGGCAAUGGGCUGCUGACCAGACGAUUCUGGCUAUGGUGCUGUGAUAAUGCUUUAGAACAGUGUUUCCAAAAUGGUGGGCUAGGAUCAAGCCUGAUUCCUUUUGAAUCGCGUGUAGACACUAGUUCCUGGAUAGAAACUGUGGUACACAAUAAAACUUUAGGGUUGCAAAAUUCGAGUAAUUUCCCAAAUAUUCCCAGUUUUUCCCAGAAAUCCUGGUUGGAGGAUUCUGGAUUUUCUGUUUAUUCCCUCCUGAUUCCGGGAAUCUUCCAACCAGGAUUUCUGGAAAACCUGUGAACUUUGGGAAAUGUACCAGAAUUUUGCAACCCAAGUUACAUUACAAAUGGUUUGGGACCAUGGCCUUUAGAUAUGGCUGUUCUGAAGUGAUAGUGUGUAUUUUGCCCUGCUCUAGGGAAGACCCUUCAGUUGCACCUGCAGGCCUGUGAUGUGAAGGGCAAAGAGGAGAAGUCGGGACCAGAGAACAUGCUGACUGAAUCCGCCGCCACUGGAGACGGUAUAGUUACUACAGUCUCUCUCUCUCUGUCACUCUUUCUCUCUCUUUCACCCUCUCCAAGUAUUUGCAUGUUUUGAGUUUGCAUGCUUAAUCAGUUGUUCUAAUGUUCGUUACAGGGUUUCUCACAGAAAGUGGUAAGAAGAGAGCUAGCGUGAUCCUGUCUACAGAAGACCAGAGCAACUUCCAGGUCACUCAGAUGAAGAUUAAAGUGAGUGUCUGUCUGUGUGGUGUUCAUAUCUUUCAAUAGUGUAUUGGUGUUCACAGCAAUGGGGUUCUCAUGGAGCAUUAAGCAUCCUUUAUCAGUGUAUUUGUGGCAUAUUGUAUGUUUGCUCCAUACCAUUCGCUGUUUGCGCCAUACUACCUGUGUUUUUCAACAGGUCCGUAAAGGAGCCAUUGGAGCAAAGUGUGGCCUGGUGUUUGCCUACAGCGAAGGAGACACCUUUGAUGCAGAAAAACACUUCAAGAGGUUUAAAAACUAUGACUCCUGGGACUACAAGGACUACAAGGAGUUUGUACAAGACAAGUAAGGACCUCCCCGGAGUGGUACCUGUGCCUAUUGAACCCUGAUGAACUGCCUAUUUAUUUUCUUCUGGAUGUAACUCGGUAGUAAAGUAGUCAGUAGAACAGUAGUCUCAUGCACCAGACGUCAUAGCCAUGCUCGGAAGGUCUGGUGUAAAACGAGACCUUCAACUACAGUCAGUAUAGUGACCUGUUCCAUAUGAAUGUCUGACCCCUGGUUUGUCAUGUGACCUACCCUGCAGUCUGAGGAUUCCACUGCAGGCCGAGGAUGAGCCCAUUGGCUGGUUUGAGCUGGAGGAUGACUGGAACGACGUGGAGAUCAAACUGCAGACGUGUCGCGUUGCAAAGGUACUCGACGCUCUUUCGCGCUCUCUAUCGCUCGUUUAUUUCAAGUGUUACUCACUCUCUGCCUCGUACAUAUGAUUGUUUCUCCCUUAGUUUCUCCUCCUCUCUCAUUCAACCACUCUUCAAUACUUUCUCUCUCUGACACUCAACAACCCUCACUCCCCUGCUCCUCCCUCUCCUCCACCUCUAAUAAGAGUAUCUAUCUGCAGAAAUCAGAUAUUACUAAGUGUCCUAAUGUGAAAUGUUAGUUGUGAGAAUCAAUCAAUUAACAGUAUAAGAAUAGUCCCACCAUCCACAUUUAUAUAACACUCAUGCUGAUAACUGUGAAGUGACUCUCUUUCCGCCCCCCCCCCGUAGUUCCUGAUGGUGAAGUUCCUGUGUGCGCGGCAGGACAGUGCAGAGCGUCUGGGGGUCCAGUCCCUGUCCUUUAGUGGGUACCUGUGUCCCGGGGCCGAGAGGCUGGAUGAUCUGGACGACCUGAGCCCACAAGGAGAUGGCUCAGAGGGGGACAUGGUCACUGGACUCACCCUGCUGAAGAAGACCCUGUUCUUCAUCCAGCAGCUUACGCGAGACAUGGUACCCACUGUCAGUAGUACCCUCAGUCAUUUUACUGUUUUGAUUUAUUUUAUUAUAAAAGUGUCAUGCGUAGGGCUGUUACGUUGACGGUAUUACCGCCACACCGGCAGUCACAAGUCAUGACCGCAGUCAAAUUACAUGUGACCGUUGAGUCAAGGUAACUAGGCUUCUCCAAAACUGUGAUGCCGCUGAUGGUCAUUAGUAGCCUACCAAACUUGCUAACAGCUAGCGCUCUAUUGUCCCUCUUAUCAUUCUGACAUCAAUGCAAAUGCAAUCGAAAAUCUAAUCAAACACUUCAUGAGAGCCCUGGCAUUCAGAGUUUGACCGGAAUAUGAUCACCUGUUGCGCAGCGAGAAACAGCUCCUCAUAGCUGGUUGAUGCAUGGAAUGAAAUAAGUGUUCCUAUAAGCUCAUGUUGCGCAACAUUUCGAAAGACUAGGCUAUGCAAUUGCGUGAGAAAACAGAGUUUUGAUGGCCUCUAUUAAAAAGAGGAUGAUCCCAUCAGCUUUCUAUAGGCUUACUAUAUUUAUUUCUCAACUUCGGAGUAGCCUAUCUGGCUGGUGUGAAAAUUAACCAUAGGAAAAGCGUCCUCCAUUCGCCAUUCUAGUGCAUACGGAUUACAUGUCUUUUUUUUUUUUUACCUUGUUCCUGUUACGACAGUGCAUGAUAAUGGCCCAUUCUAAAUCAAAACUAAUGUCACACAUACACUGAGUGGACAAAACAUUCGGUACACCUGCUCUUUCCAUGACAUAGGCUGACCAGGUGAAUGGGCAAGACAAAAUAUUUAAGUGCCUUUGAACCAGGUAUUGUAGUAGGUGCCAGGCGCACCGGUUUGAGUGUGUCAAGAACUGCAAUGCUGCUGGGUUUUUCACGCUCAACAGUUUCCCAUGUGUAUCAAGAAUGGUCCACCACCCAAAGGACAUCCAGCCAACUUGACACAACUGUGGGAAGCAUUAGUCAACAUGGGAACACUUUUGACAUCUUGUAGAGUCCCAUGCCCCGAUGAGUUGAGGCUGUUCUGAGGGCAAAAGGGGUUCCAACUCAAUAUUAGGAAGGUGUUCCUGAUGUUUUGUACACUCAGUGUAUAUUAUUUAGUAUCUGUAAAGACCAGAUUAAAUUGAGACUAGUCUGAUGGGUGAAAGUAUUAUCAAGUGCUUGUCAAAUUGUGAAUGAGAGACUGAUGAAGUGUGUGCAGCUUGCGCAAGAAACAGAGCAGAGCUCAUGCCAUGCAACUUUAUUCAAAUCAUCAUGCAGGCUUAGAAUGUAUUAAAAAUCGAAACAUAUAGCCGAACCUUUUGUAGAACAACUAAAGUUACGUUAAUAACUCUAAAUUCGGCAUGUAGGAGUAACUGUUUCUUUGUUAACCGCUCAACACAGAAUAGCCGCAUGUUUGGAUAAAAAAUAUCCUUUCUAUUUUAUUCAGCUAUGUUCAAUUGUAUUGUUCUUACUAUAAAAUAAUGCCACUGGAAUUAUAAGCAAAUCUUGCCUGCUAAAUGAACUAGUCUAGCCCACAGACAUAUGGCAUAGCCAGAUCAGGGCCUAACAUAAGGAUGACUCAGAAUAUGCUAUUAUGUUCUUCUUAAUUUUCUUCAUAUCAUAAUAUUUAUUUAGACCUGCCUUAAAUAAAUAAUGGAUUUAAUGUGAUGGUGUAGGCUAUAAUAAAUUGAUUUAUUAGACCUUUUAUAAUGUGCAUGUUCAAAAGGUCCGCAUCAGUGGCUUGUAGGCGAUGCGUGGAAGCCGGAGAUGCUCAACGUGUUUUUUAUUAAUUAAUGGCGGAAAAUUACAGUGAGACCGGCAGUUAAUUGCAUGACAAAAUGUCAUGACCGCCACAGCCCUUGUCAUGCGUCUUAAUGAUGCCCAGCCUACAUGGGCUUAUAAAACACUAUUUGCUGUAGCAAAAUAAAAUGAUCAUAAUAUCUGCACACUUAUACACUAUGUAUGUCAGUGUGGUCUGUACAUGUUGAUUGUCUUUUAUUUUAUUUAUUUACUUUAGUGUAUUUUACCCCCCCUUUUCUCCCCAAUUUCGAUCUUGUCUCAUUUACAUUUUACAUUUUAGUCAUUUAGCAGACGCUCUUAUCCAGAGCGACUUAAAGUUAGUGAGUGCAUACAUUUAAAAAAAAAAAAUAAUCAUACUGCCCCCCCGUGGGAAUCGAACCCACAACCCUGGCGUUGCAAGCGCCAUGCUCAACCAACUGAGCUACAGGGGGCAAAGAAAUGAACUCUAUUACAUUUUUUACAUUUUAGUCAUUUAGCAGACACUCUUAUCCAGAGCGACUUACAGUUAGUGAGUGCAUUCAUUUUUUGCUCUACCAACUGAGCUACACGGGACUGUAGCUCACCUUCACCUCCCCAACGGGCUCGGGAGGUGAAGGUCGAGUCAUGCAUCCUCCGAAACAUGACCAGCCAAACCGCGCUUCUUAACACCCGCCCGCUUAACCCGGAAUCCAGCCGCGUCAAUGUGUUGGAGGAAACACCGUUCAACUGACGACCGAGGUCAGCCUGCAGGCGCCCAGCCCGCCACAAGUAGUCGCUAGAGCGCGAUGAGCCAAGGAAAGCCCCCCCGGCCAAACCAUCCCCUAACCCGGACGACGCUGGGCCAAUUGUGCGCCGCCGUAUGGGACUCCCGAUCACGGCCGGUUGUGAUACAGCCCGGGAUUGAACCUGGGUCUGUAGUGACGCCUCUAGCACUGCGAUGCAGUGCCUUAGACCGCUGCGCCACUCGGGAGGCCCUUUGAUUGUGUCUUAAGUCCAAGAUCAAGAUGGGAGACAAAUGAAUAAGGCCAAUUAAGUGAACUAAACUGAACUGAAUUUAGGUCCGUCAGUUCUCAAUACAGCUGUUGUAUUCGUUUUUAGCUCUCAGAUUUUAAAUGGUCUAGUCGAAUAACAUUGCUUUGACAAUUAUGUUAUUUGAUGAUCAUGUUGACUGUCUAUGCAUCAAAUAUCUAGAUAAAGACAUGAUAUAUCUCCUCUGUAUCUAACUCUGUAGGAUGUGUCCUUGUUCAAGCAGAAGUUUCUACUGGACUUCAGUGGCCUCAACCUCAUCCUGUUCUGGAGCUUCUACAACAAACUCCGGGAGAUGUGAGUACAGAGAGAGAUGUUAUACACUAGAUACACGCCUUUGAGUCAUGAUAACCUAUUCUCUCAAUGGCCUUUCCUGUAUAGAUAAAGUGAAUGUUUGUGUUGGUUUGAAAUGGUGUGGUCAGUGAAUAGGCCACAGUUGCCUUUGACCACUCGUGGUUAGUGAUGAAGACGUCUAAUCACAUGGUCACACAUGGGACUGCUGCUAUUGUGGUCUGUGAUAACAGAGUAUGGCCGGUGUAUGACAUCUGUCUAACCAACCUUCUGUCUCUCUGUCUUCCCAGUGAGGGAGAGGAGGUGAUGAAGAGCAGAGUGCUGGUGCUCCAGCUGCUCCAGAACUGUUUCGCCCUGCUGCCCAGUCCCAGCUCGCUGGAAUUCAGGGGCCUAGAGGAGAGCAGGGGAACUGAGGAGGCAGUAGCCUCAGCAUCAGCCUCAGCAUCAGCCUCAGCAUCCCCGUCCACAUCCAGCGGUACCGAGCCAGACUCUGCCAGGGCAGUGUGGGAGCUCUACACCCACCUCUGUCAAAGUAAAGGCCUUGUACAUCUAUUAGACACACAGUGUUACCGGUGUUUUAGUGUUACUUUUCGUAAAAUGCAAUGUGCUCUUGGAAGCCAAGGUAAAAUAUAAAAGACUAUAUAAAAGCUACUGGAGACUUGUAUUAAGAGUAUUGGAAGUGGAGAAGGUUUAAAGUUGUAAUUGUGUUGUUGUGUUGAGCAGUAGUGGACGGUCCAGAGGCUGAGGGGACGGUGGACAAAGCCCUGAGGAAGGAGGCAGUGAAAGCCAUUCUGAACGGAGCAGCCAUCUUCUUCCCUGACAAACACAGCAGAAGAGACAAACUCUUCCACAUGAUGGUGAGUGACUGGGAAAGAGCUCCAUCUGCUGCUGACAGACCAUUGGCAAUGGGUGAACUUUGUGCUGUUUCUGUUGAAGUUGUUGUUAACAGCUGUGCACGAUAUUCUCUUUUUAAUUGUUUCAGAAAAACAUCACAGAGGAGGAUCAGCCAGAGUCUGUGAAGCUGACGUUUGAAUCGCUUUGUAAUUACUUCAGGUAAUAAUGUACACAUACACACACACACACACACACACACACACACACACACACACACACACAAUAGGUGAAUUAGUGCUCAGUUGUCUUCCCUUCCUCUACUACAGUGACCAGGAUCCCAGUGGCCUUCUCCUUCUUCCUCCUAAAGGAGCUCCUUCAGACUUUGACAUCAGCCCCAUCCUCAGUGUCAUGGAGACCCUGCUACUGGUGGCCACUCGGGAAGUGAGUCGUCAUUCCCCCCCCCCCACUUCCCUUUUUCUUUCAUCUCAUACAGUUAUACAGUGGCUUGCGAAAGUAUUCACCCCACUUGGCAUUUUUCCUAUUUUGUAGCCUUACAACCUGGAAUUAAAAUGGAUUUUUGGGGGGGUUUGUAUCAUUUGAUUUACACAACAUGCCUACCACUUUGAAGAUGCAAAAUAUUUUUUUCUUGUGAAACAAACAAGUAAUAAGACAGAAAAACAGAACUUGAGCAUGCAUAACUAUUCACCCCCCCAAAGUCAAUACUUUGUAGAGCCACCUUUUGCAGCAAUUACAGCUGCAAGUUUCUUGGGGUAUGUCUCUAUAAGCUUGGCACAUCUAGCCACUGGGAUUUUUGCCCAUUCUUCAAGGCAAAACUGCCCCAGCUCCUUCAAGUUGGAUGGGUUCCACUGGUGUACAGCAAUCUUUAAGUCAUACCACAGAUUCUCUAUUGGAUUGAGGUCUGGGCUUUGACUAGGCCAUUCCAAGACAUUUAAAUGUUUCCCCUUAAACCACUCGAGUGUUGCUUUAGCAGUAUGCUUAGGGUCAUUGUCCUGCUGGAAGGUGAACCUCAGUCCCAGUCUCAAAUCUCUGGAAGACUGAAACAGGUUUCCCUCAAGAAUUUCCCUGUAUUUAGUGCCAUUCAUCAUUCCUUCAAUUCUGACAAGUUUCCCAGUCCCUGCCGAUGAAAAACAUCCCCACAGCAUGAUGCUGCCACCACCAUGCUUCACUGUGGGGAUGGUGUUCUCGGGGUGAUGAGAGGUGUUGGUUUUGCGGAAGACAUAGAAUUUUCCUUGAUGGCCAAAAAGCUAAAUUUUAGUCUCAUCUGACCAGAGUACCUUCUUCCAUAUGUUUGGGGAGUCUCCCACAUGGCUUUUGGCGAACACCAAACGUGUUUGCUUAUUUAUUUCUUGAAGCAAUGGCUUUUUUCUGGCCACUUCCAUAAAGCCCUGCUCUGUGGAGUGUACGGCUUAAGGUGGUCCUAUGGACAGAUACUCCAAUCUCUGCUGUGGAGCUUUGCAGCUCCUUCAGGGUUAUCUUUGGUCUCUUUGUUGCCUCUCUGAUUAAUGCCCUCCUUGCCUGGUCCGUGAGUUUUGGUGGGCAGCCCUCUCUUGGCCAUUUUUUAAUAAUGGAUUUAACGGUGCUCCAUGGGAUGUUCAAAGUUUCUGAUAUUUUUUUUAUAACCCAACCCUGAUCUGUACUUCUCCACAACUUUGUCCCUGGCCUGUUUGGAGAGCUCCUUGGUCUUCAUGGUGCCGCUUGCUUGGUGGUGCCCCUUGCUUAGUGGUGUUGCAGACUCUGGGGCCUUUCAGAACAGGUGUAUAUAUACUGAGAUCAUGUGAUAGAUCAUGUGACACUUAGAUUGCACACAGGUGGACUUUAUUUAACUAAUUAUGUGACUUCUGAAGGUAAUUGGUUGCACCAGAUCUUAUUUAGGGGUUUCAUUGCAAAUGGGGUGAAUACAUAUGCACGCACCACUUUUCCAUUAUUUAGUUAUUUUUUUCAUUUCACUUUUCAUUUCACACUAUUUUGUGUAUGUCCAUUACAUAAAAUCCAAAUAAAAAUCCAUUUAAAUUACAGGUUGUAAUGCAACAAAAUAGGAAAAACGCCAAAGGGGAUGAAUACUUUUGCAAGGCACUAUACACCAACUAUAAUGACUUUACUUACUUAACCAUAAUCCUUUUAGCCCCUAGUGGAGCAAAUGGCCUCAACAGUGCACCUGUUUUGGGCAGUUUCCUUCACCUCAUUCCAAACUGUAAUGACAAAAUGUCAUGUUAAUUUAGGUCAUCUCUUCUGUAUGUCUAUCUCUCUCUCCCUCUGUCAGUGUGAGGUGAUGAUGGUGGAUCUGAGUGGUGGGGCUAGCAGGAAGGUGCUACUGUCUCUGUUCUGGGCUCUGCAGGGCAGCCUGCUCUCCUGGUGUUACCUUCAACUCAAAGGAGGGGCUGCUGCAGCCCCCACCGCUGCAGACCUGGCCAGGGAUAUCCUCCUCAAGUGUAAGUGUCUCACCAAUAUGUCUUACCGGUACUUUUAAUAUCCCUUUGUACAGGCUCUCCUUAGUUAGUUAGUUAGUUAGUUAGUUUGUUAGUUGAAGAGGAAUAAAUGAACAGCAUGUCAUUGAUUUGUUAUUACAUAGGACAAUGCUGUCGAUGGAUGGUAGAGUGGAUCAUUGAAUUAAAGGAGUGAUUCACUUUUUUUAACUAUUUUUUAUUUUUUAAUGUAAAUAGCUUGUUAUAGUAGGGUCCAAACACUUUUUUUGUGCAAUUUUACUUGGUUUGGGGAAACUUACCCCACCUGCAAUAGACUUCCUCAUUGUUUGUUCUGCAGUAUGGGAGCCAUGGAUAAACAUGAACAAAGGCUCCAAAAACACCCAAAUAAGUCUGUUUAGAAACAGCAAAUGCUCGCACAUGUAACGCUGAAGUCCAACAAAACGGAAUAUAACUAUGCGGAUAAAGUUUGGAAUGACACAAUUUCAUGUGUGCAACAUCUAAUGACCUGCUAAGAGCUUUGCGGUUUCUAAAAGGGACAUAUUUUGGUAUUUUUGGAACCUUUGUUCAUGUUUAUCCGAAGCUCCCAUACUGCAGAACGGGCAAUGAGGAAGUCUAUUACGGCAGAGUAAGUUACUCAAAACCAAGUAAAUUCCCCCAAAGUGUCUAUAACAUGCCAUUUCCUUAAAAAAUAGGGAUUUUGGGAGAGAAAAAAAAGUGAACCACUCCUUUAAUUACACUUUGUGAGGUUGAAGGGCAUCUGUAAAUGAAUUAAAUUACAGAGAUCCACAGUGAAUAAAGAGUGUGUCUCUUCUCUGUCCCUGUAGAUGUGGAUCAGUUCCUGGGCAGCACUAAGACAGUGCUGGGAGGCCUGCUGCAGAGAUACGGUGGAGCUGAGAUCACUGACAAACUCAGUGGAUCCAUCCUGGCCAUGGUCACCAGACAGAUGGUACACUCUCUUUGUUUCUAUCACUGUGGAAAAACUCCCCUGCCUCUUAUCACUUACUGGGUGCUACGUCACUCAUUCAAUAGUCAGUUCUGCGAAUCUGGAUAUUUAGUAGUUAUCCAGCAGUUUGUAAAAUCCACCUGCUGCAUGUCUGGUCUUUGUUAUGUUCUACCUAAAUUGAACUAGCUAACUGUACCAUCACACUGAUCCAGAGAGACGCUUAAUGCUCAUGCUAACCUUCUCGUCUAUCAGAGGUUAAUGCUAAAUGCUAAUACCAACCCUCUGUGUCUGUCUGUCUCUGUCAGAUGAUCUUCUUUUUGGAGCUGUGUUACCUGGACAUCCCUCACUGUAUUCUGCUCACCAGUUUCUCCUCUCUGGUUGAGCUGCUUAAAAACCUCUCCAGUGAGACGGGAGACAUCUUCUCGAAGGUCAGUCAACCUUAAUACUACCAUAGAGCACUUGGACGGUUUUGGUGUCAUGAAGAACUAUAUGGUUUGGGUUAAAGCAGGGGUGUCAAACUCAUUUUAGCUCAGGGGCCACAUGGAGGAAAAUCUAUUCCCAAGUGGGCCGGACCGGAAAAAUCAUGGUGUAUAUAUAACUUAAAAACAACAACUUCAGAUUGUUUUCUUUGUUUUAAUACGAUCAACAUACAACAUAAAGCUGGAGCCUGAGGACAGUGUGUCCAAAAUAGUACAAGCACAACAUCACUAUUAAUCAUAAAACACGUCAAGUUUAUUUGAAAAUUCUAAAGAAAAAGAACACACAAACACACAAUGCCUCAGUGAUUAACAGAACUGUUUCACAGAUCACAGAACUAUAUCAGGGUGUCAUUUCUCAGGCAGAAAUGUAGAUAAAAAUAAUGAAAUCCUGUUCCCCAAACAAGUGCAAGAACCACAGAGUCAAGAAUAGGUUAAAUAUACAAAUAAAAUAAAAUCAAUUAAAAACAAUAGCACAUCAACAUAAAAACAUAUAAACAUAAAGCUGGAGCCUGAGGACAGUGUCCAAAAGCACACAUCACUAUUAAUCAUAAAACACCAAGUUAUUUGAAAGUUCUGAGGACAAAGAACACACAAACACAUAAUGCCUCAGUGAUUCACAGAAGUAUAUCACAGAUCACAGAACUAUAUCAGGGUGUCAUUUCUCAGGCAGAAAUGUAGAUAAAAAUAAUGAAAUCCUGUUCCCCAAACAAGUGCAAGAACCACAGAGUCAAGAAUAGGUUAAAUAUACAAAUAAAAUAAAAUCAAUUAAAAACAAUAGCACAUCAACAUAAAAACAUAUAAACAUAAAUCUGAAAGCGUUGCUCAAACUCCCGUAACAGUCCCGUUAUUUUAUCUUUGAACCGCUUCAUGUCUGCCACAUGUUGGGUCGCGCACACAUUUUUCAGACAGGAGAAGUGAGCUGCAUCACCACCGGCAAGUUGCGUCUCCCACAAUAACAGCUUCAACUUGAAAGAACGUAUGCUGUCAUAAUACUGCGUGACAACUUUGUUGCGCCCUUGCAGCUGUUUGUUCAAGUUAUUCAGGUGCUCUGUAACAUCCACCAUAAAUGCAAGGUCUGGCAUCCAUUCUGCGGAAUGAAAUUCUAACACUGGUUUGCCCUUUUCUUCCAUGAACUGUUCAAUUUCUUCUCGUAAAUCAAAGAAACGCCUCAGCACAGCACCUCGGCUUAACCAUCUUACCUCAGUGUGGUAUGGCAGGCCAUAGAUGUGGUCUUUCUCUCUGAGAAGGCUGUCAAACUGACGGUGAUUCAGGCUUCUGGAUCGAUGAAAUUAACAGUUUGGAUGACCACCUUCAUGACGUUAUCCAUCUUUAAUGACUUGCAACACAAAGCCUCCUGGUGCAAAAUACAGUGAAAAGUCAAAAAAUCACGUCCUCCAUUUGAACUUUGUCACAACGCCUGCUUUUUCCCGAUCAUUGAGGGUGCACCAUCUGUAGCCAGGCUGACAGCGCGGGACCAGUCCACUCCGACCCUGUCCAGCGCGCCGACGAGUGCAGUAAAAAUAUCAGCUGCUGUCGUUGUAUCUGUCAUCGGCACCAACUCCACGAACUCCUCGGUGACGGUCAAUGUGUCAUCAACUCCGCGGAUGAAAAAAUGGCCAGUUGUGCAACAUCUGUAAUGUCCGUGCUUUCAUCAAUUGCAACCGAAAACGCAAUAAAUGACUUUACUUUUUGCUUCAACUGGCUGUCCAAAUCCACUGAAAGAUCGGAAAUCCUGUCUGCAACUGUGUUUCUUGUCAGGCUGAUAUUUGCAAAAGCCUGCCGCUUUUCAGGGCACACAAUCUCCGCUGCCUUCAUCAUGCAUGUUUUUACAAAUUCACCCUCACUAAAUGGUUUUGAAGCCACUGCGAUUUCAUUUGCAAUGAGGUAGCUAGCUUUCACUGCAGCGUCACUGAUGUCUCGGCUGUGAGUAAACACAGACUGCUGUUUCUUCAGACCCGCCAACAGUUCAUUCACCUUCUCUCAUCUCCGCUGUCCUUGAAAGUUGUCAUAUUUGUCGGCAUGAAGACUCACAUAGUGGCGACGAAGGUUAUAUUCUUUCAGCACUGCAACAUGCUCUGAACACACCAAACAUACAGCUUUCCCAUUCAAUUCCGUGAUUAAAUAGGAUGACCAUUUUUCUUGGAACACUCUGCACUCUGCGUCCACUUUUCUCUUUUUUGACAGAGACAUAUUAGGGCAAUGAGGGUGCCAAAGCACAUAAUGUUAAAAGUAGAAGCCGUAAUAAAUAUCGCGGGCAAAACAAAGUAGCUCAUUGGCUGCACGUGCUUGACCUACUUGCUCUGCCCCGGUAUAAACAGUUUGCUUGCUUAACACAAUUGCUAUUGCGCCAUCCAGUGGACGCAAUUGGAACAGCAGUUUAUAUUAUUGAAAAAUUGCAGCGCAUAUUUAUACUUUACAAUUUUUUUUCAUUUUUUAUUUUUUUUUUCAAAAUCAUCUCGCGGGCCGGAUUAAACCCGUUUGCGGGCCUGAUCCGGCCCGCGGGCCGUACGUUUGACACCCCUGGGUUAAAGGAACCGAAUAAACCCAUGUGCUGUGUUUGUCUGAUGUGAUUACGGUUGCAACAUUCCGGCAACUGUCCCAAUAUGAGAGAAUAUGGAGAAAAUCUGGGAAUCCUCCAACCAGGAUUUCUGGAAAACCAAGGAAUUUAUGGAAAGUUACCGCAAAUUUGCAACCCUAGAUGUUAUGUUAAUGUGGGAUGUGUUGUGUCCCUGCCAGGUGGACCUGGAGAGCUGCCAGCAGCCCCAGCAGCCGGUGGUCCUGAGGACCUGGAACAUGGAGUCUCCUCAUAACUACGAGAACAGCAGACACGAGACCACCAUCUUCGCCUGCCCCGGGGCCACUUCCUUCGAGGUGGAGUUUGACGAACGCAGUGAGACUGAGAAGAGGUGAGCAUAUCAUCCACACACCAUUCUGUCUCUCUCUCUUUCUCUCUGUUUUUCUCUCUCUCCUCUCUUUCUCUCUGUCUUUCUCUCUCUCCUCUCUUUCUCUCUGUCUUUUUCUCUCUCUCCUCUCUUUAUCUCUCUUUUCUUCCUCUCUCUCUAUUCUGUUCUUUUCAUUGAAGAGUAUGCCUUAUCAGAUACUUAUUCUUAGCAUAUCUGAAGACCAACUGUUUGCAUGCGUGUAAUUAUUUGAAUUCCUCUUCAUGUGACAUAAUAUCAUCAAGAGAUGAAGGAAAUCUCUUUACAUUUCCAUUACCUCAUGUAGCGUUCUCUUGAAUCCUGGCAGAUACGACUACCUAGAGUUCACAGACGCCAGAGGAGGGAAGGUCCGUUACGACAUGAAGGUCGGGACUGAGAAAUGGCCAAAGGUAGGUAAUCACGGCUGAGAUUAGGGCAGUGGGAAGGUAUGCCCAUAAAUGGCAGGUAAUCCAAGAAAAAAAGACGAGCAGUAAACUUUAGUGAACAAUUAACAGAAAAUAUUUACACAAGACUACAUAUAGGAGCAGCUCAGCAUUGUACAUGAGGACGCACAACCGCAAUGUGUUUCGACUACUAGAGUCGUCCUCUGGCAGCGUUUUGGACGGAAGCUGACGUAUCUCUAGAAAUAGAAGCGGGGACAAGUAAAUGUCACAUGACAGGAAAAUAAACUAUAUACAAAACAUAUUUACAACAUUAUCACAUCAGUGUAUAGAGGCAACAUGAAAAAUAACACACAGGAAUAUAUACAAAGGAAGAGUGUAAAGGGAUAAUCUGAGUUAGUUGUGUGCGUAAAGAACAGUAUAUGCACUGGUGCAUAAAACACGUUCUAUAAAUGUGGUCCUCUGUAGCUCAGCUGGUAGAGCACGGCCCUUGUAACGCCAAAGUAGUGGGUUCGAUCCCCGGGACCACCCAUACACAAAAAUGUAUGCACGCAUGACUGUAAGUCGCUUUGGAUAAAAGCGUCUGCUAAAUGGCAUAUUAUUAUUAUUAUUAUUAUUAUUAUUAUUAUUAUUAUUAUUAUUAUUAUUAUAAAAAAGAGACUAUAGCAAUCAUCAAAAACUCAGAAAAACAAGGAAAAUACACAAGAGGCUAUACUAGUCAGUCUAGGUAUACUAGAAAACUGUUUAGUUCUAGUUUGUUUAGUCCGUGGGGAUCGGCCGUAUAUUUUUGUAGUAGGAAACUGUAAAAAUCACCCCCUCUCUCAUUCCUCUGCAUUUUCUCUAUUGCCCAGAACUUUAGUUCAUUGACUGUGUGUUGUUGCAGGAUAAAGUGGGCUGCUAGAGUGUAGUUGUCAUCCUUGCGUCUAAUAGAGCUUUUGUGUUCUGUGAUCCGUGUUCUCAGUGCGCGUGUGGUCUUCCCAAUCUAUAGGGCACUGGAUAGCCUAUAUGACUCCUUCAGAGGCGCAGUAAGUCAGGCUCUUCAGGGUGAUUGGCUUGUUGGUUUUUGGAUGCGGAAAUUGUUUCAGUUUUUGUGAUUGUGCGCAACAGGAACAGUGUGCGCAGGUAACCACGGCUACCCGAGACAUUACAGGCAUCUUCUCCCCUGUCUGUGGUAAUGACAGUUCUCCAUCGUGUUGUUUGCUCCACAGAAGGUGACGUUUGAGGCUGGGCCCCAGCUGCAGUUCCUGUUCCACUCAGACAGCAGCAACAACGAGUGGGGCUAUAAGUUCACAGUGACGGCCCACGGCCUGCCUGAUAUCACCGUGUCCUGGAUGUCAGACCUGCAGCUCCUGGUGGCCCGACUCAUGGGCCGCCUGGCCUCCAGGACCAUGGCCCUCAAAUCACCCCACGGUGAGAGGAAGGGAUGGGGAGAGGGAUUCUGAGGGGGGAGGGAAGGAGGUAGGGGGCGAGAGAGCGAUGGAGAGAGAGACAAAGAACAAAAAUCUCCCCAUUUUUGUUCUUUCCCCUAAUUCAAACUAAGGCCUGCACCGAAAACUACUCCCUAGUCUCUAGUAUAUGUGGUUUUUGAUCAUAUGUGAUAUGUUGUCAUCAGAGAUCCGCAGUGUGAAGGAGCUUCCUGCUGGGAAGAUGGCCCACGUCCUGUCCUCUCCUCUGUGGAAGCCUGUCUUCAGACACGGACUCAUUGAAUCUCCCCACGUCCAUACAGAUGAGGUAUGGUGUACAAGCACUGAGUCAGUGUUUAUAUUUGUAAAGACCUUUCACUCGAUAGCUGAAUGCCAAUGCAUAAAUGCAGGUCACAUCAUAUUGCAGCCACAGAAUGAAAAUGGAAAAGUAUUUUAUUGUAUCUGUAUGGUUACGGCACUUUCUAACGUUCUCUCUUGCUCUGUGAAUCAGGUGAAGACAUGCCAGUCAGGUUGUUCUGAUUGGUUCAUGAGAUUCUGUGAUGACUUUGGUCACUGGAACCCGACAGAGGAGCCACUAGACGGCAGGACUGAGUUGAUGAAAAGCCUCAUGCUGGCCUGCAAGAAGCAGCCAAUUAGGAACGAGAUAGUUGCGGGGUGGAAGGCUGACAUGGCGGUGAAUGCCAUCUUUUCAGCCAUGAUUUACCACACGCCAGCCCUCAACCAGGCUCUCAGGAUCUAUGGUAAUUAAAUAAUUAGGGUGAUGGAUUGAUUGAGUGAUUAAUAGAAUUUAUUUGAUAAUUACAAAAAUGGCUUUUAGCGCCCUGUUCGCCUCACCCCUUUUCCCAUUUUCUAAAGCAGGACGCCUUUUCACAUUUUCUAAAUGUCCAUAUAAUCUUCUCCGGAUGUGCUACACGAAAACCUUACGCGAAAUGUACUGUGGCAUUCGAAUGUCUCCAAGUUGCGUUAUGUUUCUUUCAAUGAGAAAAGCAUUUCCUUUUAGUCUGUUUGUGAAACAGUAUUGAGACUAUCACAUAACUUAAUUUAUAGAACCAUGACUCUGGGAACGACGCAGUAUCUGCAGUGAGAUACUCAAAGGCUUGAGGUGCUCAACAUCAGCUUUUAUACUGGUGUUAAGGCGACCAUUAAUCUGAGCUUGAUACAUUAUUUGAAGAAUCUCACCAACAUGAUAGUUCUUGCUGAUUUCAAUGUUGUCCCCGAGUUAAAUGUGCUUUGUGACACAUAGAAGAGUCCUGUCACAUGGCUGAAAAUACUUUCCUUGUGACGCUGUCAGAUCGCAAAAAUCCCCUCAGAGCAGUUCUGUUGCUGGAUAAAUCUGGAACGGUUGGAAUGAUAUCACUAUUGUGGACUUUACAUUUAAGAUCUACAUUCCUAAACCUAAUGACUAACAAGGUCUCUCAGAUUACAGAGAAUAGUUUCUUUGGCCUGCAAAGAUUAGAGACCCUAACGCUGGAAAGUAAUCCAAUCAUAAACGUUGAAGAUUCUGCAUUCAGCCAUCUCACCUCCCUGAAGAACGGCCAGGGGAUAGUCAUGUCCACAUCAUCUUUUAGCUUAAUGGGGAGGUGGAGAUGACGUGCAAAAAUGAAAAUAGUGGGCCUCCCGAGUGGCGCAGCGGUCUAAGGCACUGCAUCGCAGUGCUUGAGGCGUCCCUACAGACCCAGGUUCGAUCCUGGGCUGUGUCGCAGCCAGCUGCGACCGGGAGACCCAUGAGGUGGCGCACAAUUGGCCCAGCGUCGUCCGGGUUAGGAGAGGGUUUGGCCGGCCGGGAUGUCCUUGUCCCAUCGCACUCUAGUGACUCCUGUGGCGGGCCGGGCGCAUGCAUGCUGACAGUGUUUCCUCCGACACAUUGGUGUGGCUGGCUUCCGGGUUAAGCGAGCAGUGUGGCAAGAAGCAGUGCGGCUUGGCAGGGUUGUGUUUCGGAGGACGCAUGGCUUUCGACCUUCGCCUCUCCUGAGUCGGUAAGGGAGUUGCAGCGAUGGGAUAAGACUGUAACUACCAAUUGGAUAUCACGAAAUUGGGGAGAAAAAGGGGCAAAAGAAAAUGGCAUCCAGAACUUCAGCAGGUACUUGGAGGCCCAUGCUCCCUGGAUGUGGGCUUUGCAGCCCGCUUUGCAGCCUGCCUUCUGGGACCGCCUGUGGACAAAACUGGCCCCUCCUGGACCACAUCCGUAUUAUGAUCUUAUAUGGAUGUUUAGAAAACGGGAAAAGGCUUACUGGUGGCCAGUGAGAACAGGACGCUAAGCCCACUCAUGGUUGUUAUGUGCUGAGCACUGUUGAUAUCCACUGUUUUAACUAGAUUCACAGUUGUUGAAUUUGGAUGGUGAAUUGACUUAUGUUCCUUCCCAUUUCUCCCUCUCCCCCUUUUUCUGUACGAGUAGCCAGCCAGGGUGGUCAGGGGAGUCUGAGUGAAGACUUUCUGCAGGUCUUCUCACUGGCUGAGAGCAUCAAAACAUGGAUGGUGAGUGUCUUUUGAAUGAGUCAUUAAACUCAUUUUCUAUACAAUUUAAUACCACACAGAAGACAAAAGAAAGAAUCACAAAUAACACACAAUCAAAGGCACCAAACACACCAAGACAGUCGUGAAGAGGGCACGACAAAGCCUAUUCCCCCUCAGGAGACUGAAAAGAUUUGGCAUGGGUCCUCAGAUCCUCAGAAAAUUAUACAGCUGCGCCAUCGAGAGCAUCCUGACUGGUUGCAUCACCGCCUGGUAUGACAACUGCUUGGCCUCCGACCGCAAGGCACUACAGAGGAUAGUGCGUACAGCCCAGUACAUCACUGGGGCCAAGCUUCCUGCCAUCCAGGACCUCUAUACCAGGCGGUGUCAGAGGAAGGCCCUCAAAAUUGUCAAAGACUCCAGCCACCCUAGUCAUAGACUGUUCUCUCUGCUACCGCACGGCAAGCGGUACCGGAGUGCCAAGUCUAGGUCCAAAAGACUUCUCAACAGCUUCUACCCCCAAACCAUAAGACUCCUGAACAGCUAAUCAUGGCUACCCGGACUAUUUGCACUGCCCCCCCCCCCCCACCCCCAUCUUUUUACGCUGCUGCUACUCUGUUAAUUCUUUAUGCAUAGUCACUUUAACUCUACCCACAUGUACAUAUUACUCCAACUACCUCAACUAGCCGGUGCCCCCGCACAUUGACUCUGCACCGGUACCCCCCUGUAUAUAUAGCCUCCCUACUGUUAUUUUAUUUUACUUCUGCUCUUUAUUUUCUGAACACUUUUUUGUUUUAUUCUACUUUUUUAUUAAAAAUAAAUGCACUGUUGGUUAAGGGCUGUAAGUAAGCAUUUCACUGUAAUGUCUGCACCUGUUGUAUUCGGCGCAUGUGGCCAAUAAAAUUUGAUUUGAUUUGACCUAUCAGUGGUGUGAGUGUUGUGUUUUCUUCUGUUGUUUUCAGUUGGAGAUGAAGCAGCGGUAUCUGGUGGGCAAAAUGAAUGUCUCUGAGGACAAAGAGGAGGGCCACGGUGAAGUAACCAUGGAUGGUCUCGGUGAGCACUACCACUCUUUUGAUUUGUAUUUGAAACGUACUGAUACGAAUCUCUUAACUAGAAUCAUGCAUAUUUAUGGACAAAUGCUUCUCUAUGUAUAUUUUAUGUUUGAAUCUCUCCCUCCUGCCCCUUCCUUCUCCUCUAGCUGAGAUGCUUCUUGGGAAGGCCUAUCUGUUGUUGAGAUUCCCCCCCAGUGGCGCUUCUUCUCACUUGGACACUGACUCCUCCAGGGCAGCAGAGGGCAGUGCUGUCUUACAGCCUCCACUCUUCCGCUCCAGCUCCAUAUCAGAGGGGGACUUCCUGCCCAGCCCCUCGUUGGGAGCCCAGUCCUCCCAUGCAGCAGGCUCCGAGGUGGGGGGCUGUGAGGCAAGGGCUGGAUCUGGAGCUGUAGGCCCAGUACCUGGACCAGGCUACCCUCAUUCCUUCCGGGUCCAUCCCCAGGGUUCGACAGUUUCUGACCCAGGGCCGGGCCCCUCCAGCCAGGGCCUACUGGGCUCCACAGAGAGCCUGUCCUACCAGCCAGGGGCAGCGGAGCCUGCAUCCCCCUCCACCUUCCCCCGGAAGGCUCCCUCCUUCAGCCGGGGCCGCCUCCGCCUCCUCUCCUUGCGCUCCGUGGAAGAGCCUCGCUCUGCCCCCUCUGUCAAGGAACGCUACCCUCUCCUCAAACACAUCAUCAACUUCAUGAAGGACCAGACACUGACUACUGUCAGGUAUGUGUCACUGUCAUCCACACACUGGGCACGGGAAGGGUUCAUUGUUUGGCUUUGUUGAUUAGGAAGCAGUGAUUUUUACAAAUGUGUUAUUAUAUUGUCGUUCUUAAACUGUUAGAUUGAACAAACUUGCUCUCUAGAUCCAAUGUUGUGAUUUAUGUUUUGCUAAGCCUUUGUUUUUGGAUGUGUAUUUAUCUACCUGUGCAGUGUCCGGCAGACGCUGUCCUUGAACAAGGCCCAGGCUCAGAGUGUUUGUAAGGUCCUGGAGACGGUGCAGCAGUGUUUACUGUCCCUGGGGAAACCACACCUCUUCCAGGCCCCCUGCAUUCUGUUCCUACAGGAACUGCUGGCUUGCCAGAAAGACUUCACCAGGUCCGUCUGACCCUAUAAAUACUGAUAUGUGUAAUGUAGCUGCCAUAACGGCUUCAGGAUUGCAUACAUAAGGGUCUGAUUGAGAUGUAUUGAUAUAAUAAUCUAUUUCCUCCUAAUUUUCCUGUUAAGACACUCAUUCAGGGUUUGUUUGUUUGUUUUCCCUGGGCAGUUAUUUCUCCCAGUUGUCUGGAAGUGGGCAGGAGCUGAGAGAGAAGGUGAGGAGGUCCUACCAUCGACUAGUCCUCAUGCUGGUGGAGGCAGUACAAGGCUUCAGCAGUCUCAACGAGAAGUAUGUAUUAAUUCAUCCCUGUUCAGUUGAACAUGUGCUACAUAGAGAGACAUAACAUGUUAUAAGCCUUGUAAUAAGACAUUUAUAAGGAUGAUAAAGAAUUGUGUAUUUGGGAGCAUAGAGAAAGUAAGUGAAACCCAUUCUGCUCUCUCCUCCUGAUUUGAUAACUCAUUUGGUAUCUUCCCCUCCCCAGGGUCCUGCUGCCUGCCCUGUCCUGUGUUCAGACCUGCCUGCUGCAUCUAUUGGACAUGAGCUGGGAGGUACAGGACCUCCCCCUGUUCCUCCAGAUCAAACUACCUGACCUCCUCCUCACCAUGUCCCAGGAGAACAUCAGCGUGCACGACAUCGCCAUCAGGUACUGUCUGAGGAGGGACAGAGGACAGAGGAAGGGUGCCAACUAGUGGCGUGGAGUGGUGGUGGCGCUGUAUAGUAGCUUUUCACUAACGGUUCACGUACUGUAUCUUCAUAAUAAUAUAUGCCACAUAACAUUAAUAUUUAGCAUUAGACACAACAGCCGCCUUCAUGCACCACAAGAGCGAGUGUUGUGGCCUGUGAAAAUAUCUACUAUCAGUGUUAAUUUGAAGACCAUGCUACGCUAGAUAUUAGCCAGACAAAAAAGGUAGGAUAUCACCUGAAGGUAGGAUGUUACCUAAAUGUGAGAAAAUGGCCAUCUAAUUUUCCACCCUGUGAUGUUGUCCCCAGUCAGUGGACGGAGGAGGAUGAGAUAGCAGACUAUAAGAAGAACCGGGACUGGAUGGACGAGUGUGUGGACGGGAUGUUUGAGAAGUGGUAUGACAAGAUUGACGAGGAGGGUUCCAUGGAGGACAGGAGAAAGGUAGAGCGGACUCAGGCCCUAAAUCCCAAAUACUCAAUUCCUAGCCCCUACCCCCUAGGCACUUGUGUAGAUCUGAGAGGAUUGGAUAGGGGGGUCGUUCCAUUUGAUUUCAAUCACUUUUUGACCGCUCCCCUUUUGAUUUGAACAAAACUUUUUAUAAAUUUUGGCAAUGGUAGAUGUGGUCAGAAAGGGAUUUUCUGGAACUGAAUGCCAAAACAUUUAGGGGAUAGAGGUGUUCAAAGUUGACCUAUUUUGCAUACCCCACCCUACCAUGAGACAUCCAUGUCUUCAUUACUGGAAAAUAUCAACGGGUGAGUUUGAUAUAAUUUAAAAGCCUACAAACAGGGUUGUCAAACUAUUUUAUUAUUAUUUGUUAAUAGAAAUUGUAAUUAUUGUACUUUUCUAACGUCAAUUAUCGAAAAACGUGUAAACUUCGAUUUUUUUUCAUUUUCACAUAUGUUGUAGCUUAGACCAUCUUUGACAUUAUCUUAGGUGUUUGUGUUGUUUUGUCAUUGAAAAGCAGUGAGGACAUUUUUUAUUGAAAUGGAAUUGACCCCAACCAUGUCCAUGAUACUGUCCAAAAGCUGAGGUAGUUAACCCCUUCCUGUCCUGUCCUCAGAUGCACAUGUUCAUAGCUCGUUACUGUGACCUGCUCAAUGUGGUGAUCUCCUGUGAUGGCUGUGAGAGGAUGGCUCCCUGGCACCGGUACCGCUGUCUGCAGUGUAUGGACAUGGACCUGUGCAAGACCUGCUUCCUCAGUGAGUACACACAUACUCCCACACACACACACUGUUUCCUGUGUAGAGCUGGACUUAUACCCCGAAAUGUCUUGUUUAAGCUUCAACGCGAGAACGUAAAACAGUUACAUCUUUCCUCUAGACUAACUGAACCGGCUCUGUGUGUCUAGGUGGUGCCAAGCCGGAGGGUCACGAGGACGACCAUGAGAUGGUGAACAUGGAGUAUGCGUGUGACCACUGCCAGGGCCUCAUCGUGGGCAGCAGGAUCAACUGUAAUGUCUGUGAAGACUUUGACCUCUGCUUCGGCUGCUACAAUGCCAAGAAAUACCCUGACAGGUAAUAUAUUAAUCCAUUUUUGUUUUGGAAACACUUUAGAUAUAAUGCUAAAAGCAUGAAUGAGGCUUUAUAAUGUCUUGAUAUAUGUUAUGUGUUUCUAUCGAAUGUCUAAAACCUGCUAAAGCUGAUAUCUUUCUCAGUAGAAUUGACUGUGUGGUGGUAAUGCACAGGUACUGCAGCGGCUUACCAUCUCUCACCCUGUCUCUUGUUUUUCCCUUCACGACGUCCUCCAGUCACCUCCCGACCCAUCGGAUCACUGUCUGCCCCAUGGUGACCAUCAGGAUCAGUGACCGCCACCGCCUCAUCCAGCCCUACAUCCACAACUACUCCUGGCUGCUGUUCGCUGCCUUGGCCCUGUACACCUCAGGUAAACAUGCUCAACUCUUAUCCUCUGGCAUAAAAAAAUGAAAGGGAGCUUCAAGUCAAUAGUCAGUCACAUAACAAUGGAAAAAUGGGACCAGCAACUUGAUGGAGUUUAAUUGUCAUUAAAAAGUAUUUGUUUCUUUUCUUUACACCUCAGACCUGAGCAGCGAGAGACAGCAGGAGGGGGAGCCUCUGGGACCAGACACCCUGACCCAGGCCUCCGCCCUGCAGACACGCUGCUCACAGCUCAUUACCGAGUGCCUGCUCAAAGGACAGACUGGCAAAGGUAGGCCUCACAGCAACUGUAUACCUUGUUCUUAUCAGCAUGUUUAUUUCCAUGACUGAUCAAAAUGCAUUUCUCAUGCUCUCUCUUGUCUCUCUGCAGCAGACGUAUAGUGAGAAAUAUAUUUGGAACAUCAAAUCGCAAUAUCUAAUCGCAAUACAUGUAGAAUCGUGAGAAUCGCAAUACAUAUGGUAUCAGCACCUAAGUAUCAUGAUAACAUCGUAUCGUGAGGUCCCUGGCAAUUCCCAGCCCUAUCGUAAAGGUGGUUUUAUUGAUUUAGAUAGCAUUCAACUCAAGCCAAACCAACUUAUCCAUUCCAAAUAGAUGGGAAUAGAGCAGUGUUAUAAAUUGAGGACAUUUCUUGUCGCUCAGUUUUACUGUCCCAUCAGACUACUGACUGAACUUCUUGAAACUCCAUUGAUAUAGCCAUUGUUCCUGACCCCCCCCCAACUUGUUAGGGUUUCUGUUGAAUCAUUCCAUCCCUGUGUGUGUGCAGGUCUGCGGUCCUCUGCCCUGCUGUCCCUGCUGGCCUCUAAUGAGUCAGAGAGUGAGCUGUGUCCUGAGUCACCCUCCCAGGAGCUCAGCAUCAACACCACCACAGAAGACACCUCCUCUCUGCCUGGCUCCACCGCUGCUAUCUGCUCACCACUGCCCUCUAGGGACAAGGUGAGUUACUACACCCUGGCCUCGAGCCAGGCCUUGACUUCAAUAUUGUGUCCCUACUCUUUGUAAAAUGUCUGUUUUUAUCGAUAUGAUUCUGCUUCAGAACCAAUUUCCCCCUGCAGCUAUUCACUUCUACUGCUCCAAUACAAUGGCAUUCAUGGAUAACCACCACACACUGAUGAUCCUUCUUCUGUUUGUCCAUCAGAGUAAAGCCCAGGGGAAGGAGAAGGAUGUGGAGUCUCCCCCUGCUGCCCUGGAGGUGUGCUCCACGUCAGAGAGAGAAGGAGGACAGGAGAAGGGGAAGAAGCUGGUGAAACAGGACACCCUGGACUGGUCCAGCCUCAGCCAGACCCCCUCUCUGUCCAGCGAGGGAACACUGUCUCCUGUGGUCAGAGGUGAGGCGGGAGGGACCAGCCAUGUGCUUUUCUAAUCGCUCCCCGUCUGGAAUUAAUAAAGUCACUUUGAAUUCAAUUCAAUUGAAUGUGUGUCAGACCAUUGUUAGCUUUAAUCACCAAUUGGUGAAAUGGUAAAAGACUGUUGCGCCUAUCUUAUAGCUGAAGUGAAUGUUGGUUAAGUCAUCCUGGCCACCGACCUGUUUGAAUGAGUGCGUCAGUUGGUAUCACAUCAUCCAUCCAUCUUUGUCAAUGAGUGUUGCGCCUAGUCUAGUCUGGAGAUGAAGCUAAGUUAACCUUUGCCUGUUUCCGUGUAUCCCCCAGCUCCAGAGUCGGGCUCAGAGACCAUCACCUCUCCAACGCCAGAGGACAUAGAGGAGAUGAAAGAGAUGAUGAAGGAGAGGGAUGAGAAGAUGGCGAGGAUGGCCAAGGUGCCCAUCCAGGAGCAUGUGUUUGCAGAGUGCUCGAGAGAGAGGAUCCUGGGGCUGCUAGCUGCCAUGCUGCCUCCAGCCAAACCGGUAAGAUGAUUGUACUACCAGAUAGCAGAAGAAGCUAGGAAGUCCAUACUGAGUCUAUGAAGUGCCUUCUGUUGUAUUGUUCCGAAUAGCCAAGGGGGCUCAGAGUCAAUACACCAUUCUUUAAGUUUAAUCGGUAACACUUAAGUUGCCCUAUGUAACUACACAGUAAUAACUAACAACGGUUACUAUGCAACUACAUGGUAAUGCAAUAUUGUUACUUCAGUUAAUACUGUGUAGUUACCGCUGUAACUAUCUAUCCAUUGACCUCUGACCUCUUGCAUCCCCCCCCCCCCCCCCUCCCCCCCCCCCAGGGCACCACCCUGGCUCUGUCCAGCCUGAGCCCCAUCCUGCCCCAGCUCUUCAGGGUGGUCAUCUCCAACGCCGGGUGUCUGAACGAGACCUACCACCUGACCCUGGGUCUGCUGGGGCAGCUGCUGCUGAGGAUACCCCCCCUGGAGGCGGAUGCGGCCGUCAGAGAGGCCCUAGCCGAUAAGUACGAGCUGCUCACCCCAGGAGAGGGGGCUGCCGCCGGGGCUGACACACAGGGCUGGAAGACCACCCAGCUACUUUUCAGUCUGGGGGCUGUCUGUCUGGACAGGUAAACCACGGCACCAUAGUCAUGCAUAUUCACUGUUUGUGUUAAAUACGAGUUGUAAACCACAGUAAACUGGAGAGUGGAACAGGACAUACAGUAGAUCUAGAGGUGUGUUCAACUAGAGAAAUAGUUUGCGAACGUUAGCUAAUGUUGGCUAACAUAUUCUGUUUGUUUUGUGCUACCCACGAACAUUCGCUAACGUUAGCUAACAGUAUAGAAGGUAGUGUGUGGCGAAUGUAAAUGUUUAUUUCAGGUCGAAACCAACGCUACAAAUAAUCAGGUGUCCAUGUAGGCUGUCUAUUACAUGUAGUAGGAAUGGCAAAGUCCUUUUCAGUUAGAAUAUUGCCACUAAAAAGGCACAGUAAUCCUUACAAAAAGGAGCUAUUUUGCGGCUUCACAGUAACAUUUUGGAUUGUUCAUUCAAAUCGUUCAACUGAGAUUGUUCCUAAGUUUGCCGCAAACAAAACCCAUGUUGAACUCACCUUAGAUUUGACUGUGUUGCUUGACUAUUAUUCUAACACCAUUGUUGUAAGACAUCUCUUCUCCUUCUCUCUUCUUUGUUGUCAUAUAGGACACAUCUAAAUCUAAAGAGGUUGCUUGACAGUUGUUGUUAUGAUGAAGCCACUGGAUAUAUUUUCUCUCUGUCUUUUGAAAUAUAGUCGUAUAGGUCUGGACUGGGCGUGUUCGGUGGCUGAUAUCCUGCGGAGCCUGAACGCCUGUCCCCAGUGGAGUGUUGUCAUAGCAACCUUCACCGACCACUGUGUCCGGCAACUACCACACGUGCUCAAACGCACCAACCUCUUCACCCUGCUGGUGCUGGUCGGCUUCCCUGAGGUACUGACUAAUUCAGUUACUAUUGUUAUGGAAUAGGUUAGGUAGUUUAGACCGCACACUACAGCUGACUAUUGCGUCCACAUUCCAUUCCCACAGGGGGCAGCAGCAACCUUGUCUAGGUGCUGAGCCUGGUUGCUGUCUCCCUGGGCACAUGUGCAUCCAACACGGUCCUCAAACGCUGAUUUCUCAAAUGAAUUCACACAUUUAUUCAGGUUACAGACCAGUUAACUAGACUUAGCAAGUGCAAAAAUAUUAGCAGGCUAGUUAAUCGGUUUCGUAACACCUUUGGGAAAACAUAGCACAAAACAAACUGCAAAUGCAUCUAACAAGUUUGUAGUCACAAGCUUGAUGUAGUCAUUGCGUGAAAGGAAUAUGGGACCAAAUACUACUUCAUUUAAUACACUAUACAUUUCUAAAUGCUAAACAGAUACGCAGAAAAUCCCCUCAAAUAAAACAAGAUGAGGGAGGACAAUGUUUUGGAGCAUGGCCUUAUUUCUAUUACAGCAUAUUGGAUGACUGUUAUUCAUAUUCCGUUUACCCAGCUCAAUGUAACAUCGAUAGGUUAAGGAUACUACAUGAUACUAUAAUUUUCCCCCAUACCGAUCAUGAGGUUGCUACAACCUAGCCUAAGAAUGAAAGUUUACAACGUAGGUGCACAGGUCGAGUGAAAUUUUAGUAAUCAAGGUGACAGACAUUGACACAUUCAAUACCGCCUUGAACACUCUUGCCUGCAUCUAGCUGAUCUAGGGUGUAAUCAUUAGUCCAAUAGUUGCAAACAAGUUUCUAUUGGACAAAUUCAGGUAUGUUUAUCCCCGUUUCGUUCCGUUUGCUUCCGUUUAAGAAACGUUUUUCAACAGAAUCGGCGGAAUGAAUACACCCCUGAUCAGACACAAACACAGUUCACUUUUAUAGCAGCCACAUACAAACAGCAUGAUCCCUUUGAUCGUUGUAUAAUUCCUUCUCACACCUACGCGCUCUCCUCCCCUCACCUUUUCCCUUCACUUGUGGACUUCAGUGCACAACACAUCAGCUGUCUGUGACCAGGCGAAAAUACCUUUCCAAGCCAAACCUUUAUAUCAUAACCGCUAACCGCUACACACAGCCUACAUCGUUGUCACCCUAUUACAGUCAUAGUCAACAUAGUCAACUAACGCGUUAGCAAACCCGCUACAAUCAUGCAGUACAAUGUACAGUCAGCAGCAAGCAGUUUAAAAGUUACACCAGGGGGCACCGGUGGCAAUAUAUUAAUAAAACCAAAAGCUUACCUUGACUUGGAAGAGUUCCAGUGUUGGAUAGCCAUAGCCUGCUAACUAACAUAACAUUCCUCUCUGUUUGAGUCGGGUGUUUGAGUAGGCUAAACUAGCUCGCUGCAUUUGAAAAAAUUUUACAACAAAAUACAUCUAGCUCUCUCUCUUGCGUCUCCUUCAUUUUUGAAGAAUUUAAUUUGUUCAAAACUGUUCAACUAUUAUCUUUCUCUCUCUGAGUCAAUUACUCACCACAUUUUAUGCACUGCAGUGCUAGCUGUAGACUGUAGCUCAUGCUUUCAGUACUAGAUUCAUUCUCUGAUCCUUUAAUUGGGUGGGCAACAUGUCAGUUCAUGCUGCAAGAGCUCUGAUAGGUUGGAGAACGUCCUCCGGAAGUUGUCAUAAUUACUGUGUAAGUCUAUAGAAGGGGGUGAGAAUCACGAGCCUCCUAGGUUUUGUAUUUAAGUCAGUGUACCAAGAGGAGGACGGAAGCUAGCUGUCCUCUGGCUACACCAUGGUGCUACCUUACAGAGUGCUGUUGAAGCUACUGUAGACCUUCAUUGCAAAACAGUGUCUUUCAAUCAAUUAUUUGGUGGCUUGAAUAUAUUUAGUAUAGUUUUAUCUAAAAAUGAUAACUUUUUUAAUGUUUCACUAUUUUUAUUAAAUUCACUGAAGAGGCUGGUCCUCCCCUUCCUCCUCUACAUUUACAUUUACAUGUUUUACAUUUUAGUCAGUUAGCAGACGCUCUUAUCCAGAGCGACUUACAGUUAGUGAGUGCAUACAUUAUUUUAUUUUUUAUACUGGCCCCCCGUGGGAAACGAACCCACAACCCUGGCAUUGCUAACGCCAUGCUCUACCAACUGAGCUACAUCCCUGCCGGCCAUUCCCUCCCCUACCCUGGACGACGCUGAGCCAAUUGUGCGCCGCCCCAUGGGUCUCCCGGUCGCGGCCGGCUACGACAGAGCCUGGAUUCAAACCAGGAUCUCUAGUGGCACAGCUAGCACUGCGAUGCAGUGCCUUAGACCGCUGCGCCACUUGGGAGCAUCCACUGCUAUAUACCUAUUUUCUAUUGACUAAUAUCGACUGGAACUCAAAAUCUAAAAUCUAAUUUUAUUCCUUGCAUGCUUCGUAAACAACAGGUGUAGACUAACAGUGAAAUGCUUACUUACUGGCCAUUCCCAACAAUGCAGAGAGAAAGAAAAUAGAGAAAUUAUAGAAAAGUAAAACAUAGAUACACAAUGAGUAACAAUAACUUGGCUAUAUACACGGGGUACUAGUACCGAGUCGAUGUGCAGGGGUACAAGGUAAUUGAGGUAGAUAUCUACAUAAAACUAGGAAUAGAGUGACUAGGCAAUAGGAUCGAUAAUAAACAGUAGCAGCAGCAUACAGUGUAUUCGGAAAGUAUUUCCACAUUUAGUUACGUUAGACUUAUUCUAAAAUUGAUUAAAUUAUUUUUUUCCCUCAUCAAUCUACACACAAUACCCCAUAAUGACAGUGAAAACAGGUUUUUAGAAAUGUUUGAAAAUUUCUUAAAAAUACAAAACUGAAAUAACUUAUUAUAAUACUCGAAAUUGAGCUCAGGUGCAUCCUGUUUCCAUUGGUCAUCCUUGAGAUGUUUCUACAACUUGAUUGGAGUCCACCUGUGGUAAAUUACAUUUAUUGGACAUGAUUUGGAAAGGCACAUGCCUGUAUAUGUAAGGUCCCACAGUUGACAGUGCAUGUCAGAGCAAAACCCAAGCCAUGAGGUCGGAGGAAUUGUCCAUAGAGCUCCGAGACAGGAUUGUGUCGAGGCACAGAUCUGGGGAAGGGUACCAAAACUUUUCUGCAGUAUUGAAGGUCCCCAAGAACACAGUGGCCUCAAUCAUUUUUAAAUGGAAGAAGUUUGGAACCACCAAGACUAAGCAAUCGGGGGAGUAGGGCCUUGGUCAGGGAGGUGACCAAGAACCCAAUAGUCACGCUUACAGAGCUCCAGAGUUCCUCUGGGGAGACGGGAGUACCUUCCAGAAGGACAACCAUCUCAGCAGCACUCCACCAAUCAGGCCUUUAUGGUAGAGUGGCCAGACGGAAGCCACUCCUCAGUAAAAGGCACAUGACAGCCUGCUGGGGUUUGCCAAAAGGCACCUAAAGGACUCUGACCAUGAGAAACAAGAUUAUCUGGUUUGAUGAAACCAAGAUUGAACUCUUUGGCCUGAAUGCCAAGUGUCACGUCUGGAGGAAACCUGGCACCAUCCCUACGGUGAAGCAUGGUGGUGGCAGCAUCAUGCUGUGGGGAUGUUCUUCAGCGGCAGGGACUGGGAGACUAGUCAGGAUCGAGGGAAAGAUGAACGGAGCAAAGUACACAGAGAUCCUUGAUGAAAACCUGCUCCAGAGUGCUCCGGACCUCAGACUGGGGCGAAGGUUCACCUUUCAACAGGACAACGACCCUAAGCACACAGCCAAGACAAUGCAGGAGUGGCUUCGGGACAAGUCUCUGAAUGUCCUUGAGUGGCCCAGCCAGAGCCCGGACUUGAACCCGAUCUGCAGAGAAGAAUGGGAGAAACUCCCCAAAUACAGGUGUGCCAAGCUUGUAUUGUCAUACCCAAGAAGACUCAAGGCUGUAAUCGCUGUCAAAGGUGCUUCAACAAAGUACUGAUUAAAGGGUCUGAAUACUUAUGUAAAUGUGAUAUUUCAGUUGUUGUUUUUUAUACAUUUGCAUAUACAAUGUAUAAAAAAACUGUUUUUGCUUUGUUAUUUUGGGGUAUUGUCUGUAGAUUGAUGGGAAGAAAAAAAAACAAUUUAAUCAAUUUUAGAAUAAGGCUGUAACGUAACAAAAUCAAGGGGUCUGAAUACUUUCCAAAUGCACUGUAUGUGAUGAGUCAAAAAAGUUAGUGCAAAAAGAGUAAAUGCAGAUAGUAUCUGUAAACUAUUUAGCAGACGUAUGGCUUGGGGGUAGAAGCUGUUCAGGGUCCUGUUGGUUCCAGACUUAGUGCAUCGGUACUGCUUGCCGUGCGGUGGCAGAGAGAACAGUCUAUGACUUGGGUGAAUGGAGUCUUUGCUAGUUUUUAGGGCGUUCUUCUUGAGGUCCUGGAUGGCAGGGAGCUCGGCCCCAGUGAUGUACUGGGCCGUACGCAAUACCCUCUGUAAUGCCUUGUGGUCGGAUGCCAAGCAGUUGUCAUACCAAUCGGUUAUGCAGCCAGUCAAGAUGCUCUCAAUGGUGCAACUGUAUAACUUUUUAUGGAUCUGAGGGCCCAUGCCAAAUAUUUUCAUCCUCCUGAGGGAGAAGAGGCAUCCUCACGACUGUGUUGGUGUGUUUGGACCAUGAUACUAUAGAUCCUUAGUGAUGUGGAUGCCGAGGAACUUGAAGCUCUCGACCUGCUCCACGACAGCCCCGUCGAUAUGAAUGGGGGCGUGCUCGGACCUCCGUUUCCUGUAGUCCACAAUCAGCGCGAUUGUCUUGCUGACAUUGAGGGAGAGGUUGUUGUCCUGGCACCACACUGCUAGGUCUCUGACCUCCUCCCUAUAGGCUGUCUCAUCGAAGUCAGUGAUCAGGCCUACCACGGUUGUGUCAUCAGCAAACUUGAUGAUGGUGCUGGAGUCCUCGUCCUGCUGCUGUCUCCUCCAGUAGUCCACCAUUCAACUGGCUUGUAGACCUUCUGUCCUGCCCUCUGUCUGACCCCUUGUCUCUUUCUGCUAUCCUAGGUGCUGUGUAUGGGCACCCAGUCAGUGUUCAUAGACAAUGCCAACGAGCAGCAUCAUAUGAUCCUACUCAAGCACUUCACUGAGAAGAACCAUGCGGCUGUGGUGGAUGUCAAGACCCGCAAGAGAAAGACGGGUUAGAGGACGGACUGUCGCAAAGUUAUUUUCAUACAUUUUGCUCAUGGUGCUCAUAGUAGAGCUGUGUUAAACCCUCACACAUUUGCGUGUAUGUUUGAUGUUUUUAUACUACUGCAACAAAAUUGCCCAGCAAUGGGGCAAUAAAGAUGUUCUGAAUCUGUAUGCUGCCCCUCUCCUGUCCUUACAGUGAAGGACUACCAGCUGAUCCAGCUGCAGGACUCCAGUGCUACAGGCUCCCACAGCCCAGGGUCCCAGGUCCAGGGUGUAGGUCAGGGUCAGGGACCCCCCCAGGCCCAGCUAACCCACUACCUCAGUAACUUCACCUCCAUCAUCAGCCACCUGUUGCAGAGCAGUCAGGACAGCAGCACCCCCGACGCUGUGGAGGCCUCCUGGGUCGUCUCACUGGCCCUCAAGGGCCUCUACAACACACUCAAGGUACCUCGGAAACGAAGCCACCUUUUGGUUAUCAUCACUCAACUACUACAGAAUGUCCUUUUCUCUCUCUUUUCAAUAUGACAUUAUGUUAUUAUUUAUGUGUUUUUCCUGUAGAUUUUUCCUGGUAGACUUUUUAUUGAAUGUCCAUUUCCGUCUUCUAGUGGCUGAAUAUCUUUUUCAUUUAUUCCCGUUUUAUAUGUACUUCAUAUCAUGCACUAUGGUAGGACUGUGGUUGGACUGUGAGUUGAAGACUUUGUCUAACAUUUCCUGUCGUGUUCCUUCCCUGUAGAAGCACGGUGUUACUGAGGCCCAGGAGGCCAUCCAACAGUCCGGUCUGACCCAGCUCCUGGUGAGGAAGUGCAGUAAGGGGACAGGCUUCAGUAAGCUGUGGCUGCUCCGAGACCUGGAGAUCCUCUCCAUAAUGCUCUACUCCUCCAAGAGGGAGAUCCACAGCAUGGCCCAGGGCCAGGACGGGGAGAAGGAGGAGAAGGAACAAGACAAGGAGCAUGACUCGGACCACUCUAGUUGUUGUGCCGACGACCCCGACCCCAACCGGCCUGACCCACUGGAGGGGCUCGACGAAGAGACCAAGAUUUGCUUCCAGGUCAGCAGGGAUGCCCACAUCCUCAUUAUACAGUUUUUUUUAAAUCCCACUUCUGAAACUAAUGUAUCGAAGGGCGACAACCCCUUGGAUCUCCGGGGUCGAUCCCGGGUUUCCAGCCCGUAGGCAAAUUUGUUAACCACUGCUCCAAUAGCUCUAAACGACUUGGACGAGAAUGUAACGAUCUCUCUCUCUCUCUCUCUCUCUCUCUGAAUUGUAACAAUCUCUUUGAAUUGUGUCUGUUUCAGAUUACCCAUGAUGCCUUAAACGCGCCCCUGCACAUCCUGCGGGCCAUGUACGAGCUGCAGAUGAAGAGAACGGACUCCUUCUUUCUGGAGGUGCAGAAGAGGUAAGAAUUAGAUCACACUCCUGUCAUACAUUCCUUCAUACAAAUCAAAUCACAAUUUAUUGAAAGUGCAUUUAACAGUCACAACACACUUCACAUAAAAUAGUACAUCCUUCAUAAUGUGUUUCGAAUACCAUUGCACCGUGUCAUUUUCAUACCUGACUUGUGUAGCUUUCAUCCAUCACAGACAAUGUUCUGCUAUGACUUUGCAUGGUGGUAUUCAUGCCUGACUUGGUUGACGACCCGCAGGUUUGACGGAGACGUGAUAAAGACGGACGAGGCGAUUAGGACGCUGGCUCAGAAGUGGCAGCCCACCAAGAGACCUCGCUCUGAGGAGAGGAGCACCAAGGCUGUGGACACUGACAUGAUCGUUGUGCCCUGUGUGGUGAGCACUGCAUUGCAUUUACAUUUUGACAUAGUUUGAAGAAUUGGUGUCAGCUGAUGAACAACCCACUCCCACCCUUCCUCCCCCAGUCCAAGCCCAGUCACUGUGAGAAGGCAACAGAGGAGACCACGGUGGUGACUCAGAAGCUGAUCACCAACACAGAGACUGACCUCCAGCUGAGUUACGCCAAGCAGCGCCGCACCAAGUCCUCCGCCCUGCUGCACAAGGAGCUGGACGCACGCAGCAACCGCUCUGUCAGACAGUACCUAGUCAAGGUAGGUGGAGGUGGAUGUUCUGUCUGUCGCUCAGUUGGUACUAGAAGAGCAUGGCACUAGCUAGCAAUGCCAGUGUUAUGGGUUCGAUUCCCGCAAGGAUCACGUAUACUAAACAGGCUUGUUUCCCGGACACAUAUUAAGCCAUUGAACAUGCUUUUUUAGGCCAGGACUUGUUUUAAUCUGUACCUACUCAAAGAUGUACGCAGUCACUGUACUGUAAGUGGCUUUGGAUAAAAUGGUCUGCUAAAUGAUAUGAUGACAUCAUUAUGUUCAGGUGAACCAAGCCAUCGCCACCCUGUAUGCCCGUCACGUGCUGGCGUCGCUGCUGGCUGACUGGCCCCAGGGGGCGCCACUGAGUGAGGAGGCUCUGGAGCUGAGCGGAGCAUCACACAUGGCCUACAUCCUGGACAUGCUGAUGCAGCUGGAGGAGAGACCACUCUGGGAGAGGGUAAGUGUGUGGUAGUGGUGUGUGUGUGAUGUUUCACACAGGGAGUUAUUGAGCUUCCACUCUGGAAACGGGUGAGAGGGGGUGCACACAUUUGUGUGUGUGAGUGAGUGGUAUGGAAGUGUGUGGGGUGUCUACAUGUUGAUGUGGGUUAACUCAUUCCUCUGGUCACCAGAUUCUACAGAAAGUGCUGGUUGGCUGCAGCCAGAGCAUGCUGGGUAGUUUGUCUCUGACAGCGUGUCAGUUCAUGGAGGAGCCUGGCAUGGCCGUGCAAGUCAGGGAGUCCAAACACCCCUACGACAACAACACCAACUUUGAGGUGGGUACCACAUAUAUCUAAUUCCCCACUGAGAGGUCUUACCACAUCUAACGGUCUACAGGCACACUAGGAAGUCUACAAGGUUCCCAAUAUAGGCAACUAAAAGGAUAUCUAUCAGUAUUAAUGAUCAUUUGCAAGAAAAUGAUACAUAACUUCAAAUAUAAGCAUGUGGCAGUGUUUUUCAUUCUUUUGAUAUUAAGAUAAUACCACGCCAGAUAUGUACUGUGGCCUUCCUGUGUGACCUACUGGAGGAAGCUUGCAUUGGACUGACUGUUCUACAGCCGAACAAUGAUGUUGUAAAGCUUCCUCUCUCUCUCUCUCUCUCUCUCUGUCUCUCUCUCUCUCUCUCUCUGUCUCUCUCUCUCUCUCUCUGUCUCUCUCUCUCUCUCUCUCUCUCUCUGUCUCUCUCUGUCUCUCUCUCUCUCUCUCUCUCUCUCUCUCUAGGACAAGGUGCACAUCCCGGGGGCCAUCUACCUAUCCGUGAAGUUUGACUCCCGCUGUUACACUGAGGAGGGCUGUGAUGAGCUGAUCAUGGGCAGCAGCUCUGACUUCCUCCAGGACCUGCACAACUUCAGCGGCUCCCCACAGAAAUGGACUGACUUCGAGAUCCCUGGUGAGGGGGCAGGGAGAGAGGGUGCUGGGAGAGGGACAGGGGCAGGAAGAGCGGGGACAGGGGCAUGGAGAGAGGGGGCUGGGAGAGGGACGGUCUGGGAGAGAGGGGACAGGGGCAUGGAGAGAGGCGGCUGGGAGAGGAACGGUCUGGGAGAGGGACAGGGGCAGGGAGAGAGGGGGCAGGGGUAUGGAGAGAGGGGGCUGGGAGAGAGGGGGCUGGGACAGGGACAAGGGCAUGGAGAGAGAAAGGGGGCUGGGAGAGAGGGGUCUGGGAGAGGGGACUCGGAGUAAGUAUGCCACCCAAGUAAGUGAAUUGCUUCGGGGUUGGUAUUGAAGAUGUUUCCACAAUGUGGUUUUAAUCUACAUAGUUUGACCACGUGUCUGAGUGUGCUGUGUGUUUUCUCCACAGGGGAUACUCUGCACUACAGGUUCAUCUCAGACAUGAGCAACACAGAGUGGGGAUACAAAUUCACUGUCACCGGGGGACACAGGGGCCGCUUCCAGACAGGUCAGUCUACACACACACAUUCACGUACACACACAUGCAUGUACACACACGCGCACACUCACAUACACACACACACUGCAGCGGCAUUGGGAGAGUGAGACUGAUGAACGACGUGGGCCAGGGCUGGCAUCAGCUGAGGACCUGUCACAUGUGGUUAAGCUUUUAUAAUGGGAGUCUAAUGCAGCUGACUGAACACACACACACACACACAAGAAGAAGAGCUACUGGGUCUGAUCAUAGAGGGAAAUAGAAACUAUCCUUUAAUGUUCGAAGUCUAAAUCUCAGGGAACAUAUUCACUUCACAUCAAUUCUCUAUCAUAGGAACGCAGCUGUCUUGGGAAACUAUUAUUCACUCAAUAGAAAAGCAACCAGCCGUGUAGACGUGUACUAGUCAACCAACCCUCAAAACGUGUGAAGUAUUUUUCUCACACCUCUUCUGACUCGCUCUCUCUUUCUCUCUCUGUCUCUUCCUCAAACAGGUUUUGAGAUCCUGAAACAAAUGUUGGCUGACGACCAAGUGCUCAGCCACCUCCCAUUGGCUGACAUCUGGGAGUGGCAGGUGGGCGUGGCCUGCCGCCAGACCGGGAACCAAAGACUGAAGGCCAUCCACCUGUUGCUCCGCCUCCUGCAGUGUCAAUCACAGAAGUGAGCCUCUUCCCAAUGUCCCUGUCCCUCGCAUCCACCUUGAACGCACGCUUGUGCACACACACACACACACACACACACACACACACACACACACACACACAGGUAAGUACACACACACCUCAUUCUGUCACCUGCUCAAGGCUUCAGGCUCUAGCUGGUCUAGUUUAGAAUCAGGUACCUAAAGUAACAAGCUGGAUUCACACUCCCAAACACACUCAACCUCGCUCUCUGCCUAAUAGAACCGUAAGGCAAACUUGUCACAAAUAUUGGGCUACACUAUUAUACUUAAAACUUUGGUAAAACCUAUUGAUUAGCAACUGAAACCAUUUUAUAGUUUCCUAGGAUGAUAUUCUGGGGACCUUUUGUACCCAAUUUCGAAGGCUCAAUAUGAAGAUUACAAACAUGUCUAUGUCCUUAGUGUGUCUGUUUGCCCCUAGAGCUAGCGAAAACAGUUUUUACUUGGAGUAUUCCAGAGAAACCUAAUGUCCUGAUAGUUGCCAUGGAGAUGAGGUCACAUAUCUAUUGGAGGAUUUGCAUAUUUUCCAUGCCGAUGGCCCCAUCUGCCGUAGUGACAUCAUCACCCUGACUAAAUAGAAUACACAAUGUGUUAUAAUAAUAAUAAUAAUAUGUGAUUUAGUAGACGCUUUUAUCCAAAGCGACUUACAGACGUGUGCGUACAUGUUACGUACGGGUAAUUCCGGGAAUUGAACCCACUAUCCUACAGAUGUCUAAUGUUGUCUAAUGGUAAGAACUAAUGGAGCUUAACAUGACCCACCUUGCAGGGUCACAUCUGACUGAAAAAACACUUAACAAGUAAACAACAGUGUCUUUGUGUGUGUGUGUUCACACUCGUGCGUGUUUGAGUGUGUCCGGGUGUGCUAGUCUCUAACGCUUCUAUCUCUCUCUUUCUCUCUCUCUGUGUGUGUAGGGGCUGUGAGCUGACCCUGCUGAGGCCUCUAUGGCAGCUGUUCAUGACAAUGGAGAGUGGUCUGAGUCAGGACCCCACCAGCAUCACUGUACUACUGCCCCUACACAGAGCACUCACUGAGCUCUUCUUCAUCGCUGAAGCAAGGGCCAUGGUGAGAACCACACACACAGCAUACACACACAGCAUACACACGCAGACACACUUGCUGUAAUCCAAUUAUAGGACAUACCAUUCUAUGACUGAAGGGUAGUAAGUAUAAGGUUGUACAGUGUCAUACUUAGUUUACCAAUACCCAAGGAGCUCAUCCUUUGAUAUAGGCAGACAUGUCAAUGUGCAGAACCAGUUACCCGUCUAUGGAUAGUGCUGGCACUCGAGAUGUGUUAAUGCACUUUGAUAUGUGUGUGUGAUAACGUGUGGUAAUCUGUAUUGUCAACAACCCUGCCUGUUUCCACCUAGGAAGGUUAAAAUAGCACUGUCACAUAGCCCUGACCCCUAAGUGUGUUAUCCAGCCCACCUGUUCACCUGCUGGGCCCAGUCCAGGCCCAAGGCAUAGAGCAGCAGGUCUGCCAUCUGUCACCCAGCACAGCCCCUGACACCUGCCACCUGGCUGGCACACUACUAUUUAUUAUCUCUCUAGCUUGAUGGUGGCGAGAGAGGGAUGGAGCCUGGGAGGGGGAGAGAAAGAAGGAGAGGGGGAGGGAGAGGGGAUGAAAAGAGAGAGAGAACGUGGGAGAGGGGGGAAGAGCCAGAGGAGAGAUAGCGAGGAGAAAAAGAGAGUGAGGAAGAGUGAGAGGGCUGCCCAACUGAAACCUUCAAUAGGUGCUCUUUAAUCUGUCUUGAAUUCUGAAUUAAGGAAAGGCUAAAGGAGUGCAUGUGUUGUGCAGUCCAGCAGGAAACGAUGCGUCCAGCUUAGAGUCCCUUAACUUGAGCCAGUCACGUCUACAUUGUCUUCUGACAGGUGGAGACAUUUUUUGUGUGUGUCGCAAAUGAACUAGUGCAGACGGAGCCAUCACACUAUCCAGCGUGAGACAAUAUCACGUCUACUUAUUUAAAGGUAGAUAGAUACCCAUUCAACCUGACUGGCUAUAAAAGCUCUCGACUAUACCAGUUCCCACUCCCCACUGAAUGAAUGAGCCUCAAGCUGCCAGUCCAACAGUGAAAGUACUGAAAUUAAUGAUCUGUUGACUUGUCACAGAGAUGGAUCUCCACCGCUGGCUGCAGGGGAGAUGAGAGGAAAUUAAUCUGUCUGGGUGUCUGUCUGUCUGGUCUGGGCUAAUACCUAUGGUGGAUGUGUUGUUUUUGUUGUUGUUGAGCGUGUGUGUGUGGGGGGGGGGGGGGGGCUGAUGAGUCUGAGAUAAGGCUGAUGUGUUGUUGUUUUCCUGUGGGAGUGUUGUGUGUGGUUCUACCAGCAGGGGGCAGUAGUAGUUCUCACUAGUGCACACACAGUCACACUGGGUACCAUAGUGAUAGGAUGGCCUGAGAUCGACACGCAGUUCACACACACACGUUCCUCUUAGGUGAAUCAGUGUCUAUCUAUCCAUCUGUCUAUCUAUCCAUUUAUCCAUAUAUCUAUCUAACUAUAUACACUACAUGACCAAAAGUAUGUGCACACCUGCUCGUCAAACAUCGCAACCGAGGGCUGACGAUUUUUAUGGUUUCGUGAGCUUGUGUGACCUACCAUUUCGCGGCUGAGCCGUUGUUGCGCCUAAACGUUUCCACUUCACAAUAACAGCACUUCCAGUUGACCGGGGCAGCUCUAGCAGGGCAGACAUUUGACCACCAGACUUGUUGGAUAUACUGUGUGUAUAUACACUACCGUUCAAAAGUUUGGGGUCAAAACACCAGUCUCAACAUCAACAGUGAAGAGGCGACUCCGGGAUGCUGACCUUCUAGCUAGCAGACUGGCCAAUAAAAAGAAAAGAUGAAGAUGGGCAGUCUGAGAUAUGGCUUUUUCUUUACAACUCUGCCUAGAAGGUCAGCAUCCCAGAGUCGCCUCUUCACUGUUGACGUUGGUGUUUUGCGGGUAGUAUUUAAUGAAGCUGCCAGUUGAGGACCUGUGAGGCUUCUGUUUCUCAAACUAGACACUCUAAUGUAUUUGUCCUCUUGCUCAGUUGUGCACCGGGGCCUCCCACUCCUCUUUCUAUUCUGGUUAGAGCCAGUUUGCGCUGUUCUGUGAAGGGAGUAGUACACAGCGUUGUACGAGAUCUUCAGUUUCUUGGCAAUUUCUCGCAUGGAAUAGCCUUCAUUUCUCAGAACAAGAAUAGACUGACGAGUUUCAGAAGAAAGUUAUUUGUUUCUGGCCAUUUUGAGUCUGUAAUCAAACCCACAAUUGCUAAUUCUCCAGAUACUCAACUAGUCUCAAGAAGGCCAGUUUUAUUGCUUCUUUAAUCAGCACAACAUUUCUCAGCUGUGCUAACAUAAUUGCAAAAGGGUUUUCUAAUGAUCAAUUAGCCUUUUAAAAUGAUAAACUUGGAUUAGCAAACACAACGGGCCAUUGGAACACAGGACUGAUGGUUGCUGAUAAUGGGCCUCUGUACGCCUAUGUAGAUAUUACAUUAAAAAUCAGCCGCUUCCAGCUACAAUAGCCAUUUACAACAUUAACAAUGUCUACACUGUAUUUCUGAUCAAUUUAUUUUAAUGGACAAAAAAAUUGCUUUUCUAUUCGAAAACAAGGACAUUUCUAAGUGACCCCAAACUUUUGAACGGUAGUGUAUGUAUAUGUAUAUAUAUAUAUAUAUAUAAUCCAUUUCUCUGUAUAAUCAUCCGCCAGAAAAUGACUUUUUUACAAACACUCUCACAAACACCUAAAUGUGUUUGUUUGCUGCGAAGCCUAUUUAGUGCUGACUCACCCUCCAUCUUUGAACUGGUGGGCAGUGAAGUGUUGUGUUCUGAGAAUGAACAGAGGAGGAGGGGCAUACCAGAGGUGUGCAGGGCCUUGUCACACAUAUUGCACACUAUUUGUGUGUCCCAAAUGACCCACUAUUGCCUAUAUAGUGUACUACUUUUGUCCAAAGGUACCAUUUGGGAUGCAUUAUGUCUUUGGAAGAGCUGAAGGGAUGCUGGCUCUGGUGAACUGUGAUGUCAGGCUGCCUGCCCUUGCCAGAACCACAACAUGGCUGGCACAGGUUGGCUCUCCAGCACCUCAGACAAAGCAGCCCCCCCCCCCCGCUACCCUUGUCACCACUACUGGAAAAAAUCCUAGGGAAACACUGACUGUAGCUUGUAGCGUGCACUAGUCUGUGUUUAGACAUUAUGACUAUGGACUUCAUGAACUCUGUCCUACUAUGUUACACACACACACAGAGAGAGACACACGCACACAAAGAGCGAGAUCGACACACACACCUUGACGAUAUAUUAUACAGAUGUCUAUGCUGGUCCUCUGUAGCUCAGCUGGUAGAGCACGGCGCUUGUAACGCCAAGGUAGUGGGUUCGAUCCCCGGGACCACCCAUACACAAAAAAAUGUAUGCACGCAUGACUGUAAGUCGCUUUGGAUAAAAGCGUCUGCUAAAUGGCAUAUUAUUAUUAUAUUAUUAUUAUUAUGCUCAGACCAGACUACAGGAGUAAGUUAAACGUGAAGGUGUAACAGAUGCGUCAUCACCUUUGUCCUAAAAAUAAGUAUGAGCGUUGAAUCUGCUUUGUCAGUGUGUUGACGAAUGGGGCAGUUCACAGUAAGGUGAUGACAUACAGCGUAGUUCACAGUUCCAUGUUGACAGUGAUGCGGCAGCGAGCAUGGCGUGCUGUUGGACAAGUUGACACGUCAGGUUUGCUUUACUUCACUUUAUUAGGUUUUCAAGAAAACAAACAAGGAGGACCAAGGCACUCCUUCAUAUUUGAGGUGAAUUUGACAGGGACAAUAGACAUGAAUCAACAUUUCUGUUAAUGUGCCAAAUAAAGCCCGCUGGCUAGUUGUCAACUGUAGCCUGUCUGGUCUAUCUGGUUCAGGACUUUAUCAUCCAGAACAAGUAGACAUACUGUAUGAACUGCAAAGGCUCAGUGGUUAAUAUACAGUCACUUCUGCUGAUUCCCCAAACAGUGUUUUAUGUAGUGUCUCGUGACGGAGCUGGCCAGCAUGAAUGGGAGAUUUGGGUCUGGGUUCCCAACUUCCGAAAUGUUUGUUCUAUGUGCAUGAGAGCACCCUGGGAAGAUGUUAACUUCUAAGACAUAGGAUGCAUUCCAAAUAGCACCCUAUUUCCUUUCUAAGACAUAGGAUGCAUUCCAAAUAGCACCCUAUUUCCUUUCUAAGACAUAGGAUGCAUUCCAAAUAGCACCCUAUUUCCUUUCUAAGACAUAGGAUGCAUUCCAAAUAGCACCCUAUUUCCUUUCUAAGACAUAGGGUGCAUUCCAAAUAGCACCCUAUUUCCUUUCUAAGACAUAGGGUGCAUUCCAAAUAGCACCCUAUUUCCUUUCUAAGACAUAGGGUGCAUUCCAAAUAGCACCCUAUUUCCUUUCUAAGACAUAGGGUGCAUUCCAAAUAGCACCCUAUUUCCUUUCUAAGACAUAGGGUGCAUCCCAAAUAGCACCCUAUUCCCUAUAUAGUGUACUACUUUUGCUUUUCAAAAGCAGUACACUAUGUAGUGAAUAGGGUGCUAUUUGGGACGCACACAUAAUGUACUUCAGACAGGAAGUGACUCUUGUAUAAAGGCGUUUCCAACAUCAUCAAAGUGAUCCGUUAGUUAUAUUAGCCUAUAUCUCCUGCUGUAUACAUGUCAGGGAUUGUCAUGCACUGUCAGCUGUACAAAUAGUUCAAGGAUGUUACCUUGGUAUAAACAGCAGGCUGGGAUAGGGAGAGUGAGGAGACGUCCCAAAUGGCACCCUAUUCCCAAUAUAGUGCACUACUUUUGACCAGAGCCUUAUGGACCCUGGUCAAAAGUAGUGCACUAAAUAGGGAAUAGGGUGCCAUUUAGCAGCUUGCAAGACUGAGGGAUGGAGGUAUGAGGAUCUGGAUUGUGUUUCCCUCUCCUACUAGCUACACCAUAAAAGCUCCAUUUGGCCAGUCAUGUGAAGUCACAGCCCAUUUAGACUCUAUUUAGUCUUAUCUAUGUUCUAGAACUCUUCUCUCUCUCCACGGUUAUAUAACAACAGUAACACCAGAACUGCCUGUGUUCAAAUAGGAUUAGUUUUUUGUCUAAUUCCAGAGUUUGGUUGAGCCUGUCUGGAGUGCCAAGUGGGCGAGGUUUGGAGUUGCACUUCUUGGGACUAUUCCAUUAGUUCCAUUGCGCCAGACAUGCUCAAUUAAGCACAGCUGAAGUAUCUGACAGAAAACGAAUACUAUUUGAACCCAGGUCUGCAUGACAGUUUUUUUUUCUCAGAAUUGGCUUCUGCUGCUGAAAGCUCUAUUUUAUUUGUUAGUAAUUUUGAAGGAUUUUCCUACGCUAAGUUCUACAUACCACAGAAAGCUGUUCUCAGUACUCUGAGGUAAGUGGUCAGAGAAUCUCACUUGUCACUAGGAGAGUUUGUCUCUAGAAUGUUUCAUAACUCUUUCCAGUGAAUGUGUACUGUAGGUAGUAUGGGCACUUUUGGCAGAAAUCGAUGAUUUGAAAGCCAUGGCAUAUUCACUCCGGGAAUGACAGGGUCAAGAGUAUGGGUUGUAAAUGAGUGUUUGUACCUGAGAUGUAUUGCUCAAUGUAUGCUCUGUGAGUGGGAGUCACAGUGCAGCAAGCAUGUGAGGGGGGAUGAGCAAGGUCUUAUUGAGAAGGACUACAAACCAUUGUCUUUGUUUUCCAGGAGGAAGGCAUUCUCCAGGACUACCUAUUAGCCCUGACCACCAAUGAACAGCUCCUCGCCCGCACAGCACUGGUAAGAGCUUACAGUUAGACCUCUUCAUAUACAGCACCUGAUAAUGUGUUGGCCAGCAGACACAUGAUAGUUGUAUGGACUUGCACCACUUUGUACCUGGUAAUGUUGAAGACAGGGAUUGACUAGCAAUGUUGAAAGUGACACUUUUUUAAAAUCUCAUAUAAAGAUUUAAAGCUUUAACUACUCAACGUUUUCUUAUUCAACUCACUCAGGAUGGGAAUGCUUAGAAACUAUUCUUUCAAACAUCUUCUAAGUACUUAGACUUUGCCUAGGACUACUCUUUGACCUAGAUGGUUAUCAAUAUCAUGAAUGAUGCGUUUUGGAAUGUGGGCUCAAACAUAUAGGCUAGAUAACGUUCUCACUGUGCUUCCAGACCCAGAUCUCCAUAAUAUUCCAAAACAUUCUCCAUCCAUGCUGUACAAAUGACAUUGAUAUACCACUUUUAAGACUGUUGUUUUCCCAUUUGUCAAUCAGGGUUUGAUGAGCCCCAGAGUGAGAAUACCGGUAGUCUUUAGUUAUGAUAUUCAGCUGUUCCUCAUUUCCUCCUCUAAUGGUGAAUCAUAAUGCUAGUGACACACAGCGGACUCCACACACACACACACACACACACACACACACACACACACACCCUCCAUUCUGUACUAAUGUAUUUGGUAAUUACUUCCCAUUAUCAUGCGUGGCUUAGUGAACGUCAUCUCUGCUCCGCUAUGCUGUGAUCCCGAACAGAGGGGCAAGGGGGCAGCAGCCAAGCAGUGUGGAGGGAGGAGGGGAUCCAGGGGUGGUGGGAGUGGAGGGGAUUGGGUGUGGGAGGGGAGAUUCCGGGGUGUGAGAUGCACGAUUAAAUUAUAAUGUCUGAUUGUCAGAGCGGAGAAGGGUUUAUCUGCAUAGAAAUAGAAUUACUAGAACGGACAUUCCCAUUCAAGUCAAUGUUCUAUUAUGGGUUUAUUUAAUUGUUUGUUCUGUCUAUGUUUACCUGGCCAGGCUGCUAAGAACAUGAGUGAUGUCAUCAGUGUACACAUAUUAGAUUUUGAGGGAGAAGUUCUCCUUUACAUUCAACAAUAUGUAAAAGACUGUAUUUUAUAAAGAUGUCUAAAACCUCAUUGAUCUUCAUCUAUUAUAGGCAUUGGUUGAAGCUCAGUGUUCAAUUCAAAUCUCCCUACCAUCAUAUCUAAGACAGUAUGACACCAAUCUCGAUGAAAACUUGCAAAUCAACUUAAUUGGAGGUACACAACACACUUCCCGCCUCUCGUCAUGAGCCGUCCGGCCUUUACCGAGAACCACAAACCAGAUUUUUUAACAGGGUCAUUAGCAAUUCAUUUAAAAAAAGUAUGUAUUGCGCCUACCUAGCUCAUUCUAGACAUCGGAUUAAAACGAGACUAUAGCGUCCAUAAAGUUUGAGAAGGUUUUAAUCCUAAGAAACCUGCCUACACAUAGUUUGAAGUACAAUACCAACAACGCUACUGUAGGUCAAAGCUGUGUGCUGGAAAACCUUGGUAGAGCAUGGGUGAAAUAGGCAUUUUGGUGCUCAUGUGAAUUUCCUUUAUUUUUCGGCUUCAGACCAAUGCCUAUUCUCACUUAACAUAGUUUUUCGUUUUUAAUUGUGUAUAUACAGUGCAUUCGGAAAGUAUUUAGACUUUUUCCACAUUUAGUUACAUUACAGACUUAUUCUAAAAUAUAAUAAGUAUUUAUCCCUUAUCUAUCUACUCACAAUACCUAUAAUGACAAAGCAAAAACAGGUUUUUAGAAAUGUUUGCAAGUUUAUUAAAAAUAUAUAAAACGGGAAUAUCACAUUUACAUAAGUAUUCAGACCCUUUACUCUGUACUUUGUUGAAGCACCUUUGGCAGUGAUUACAGCCUCGUCUUCUUGGGUAUGACGCUACAAGCUUGGCACAACUGUAUUUGGGGAGUUUCUCCCAUUCUUCUCUGCAGAUCCUCUCAAGCUCUGUCAGGUUGGAUGGGGAGCGUCGCUGUACAGCUAUUUUCAAGUCUCUCUAGAGAUGAUCGAUCGGGUUCAAGUCCGGGCUCUGGCUGGGCCACUCAAGGACAUUCAGAGACUUGUCCCGAAGCCACUCCUGCAUUGUUGGCUGUGUGCUUAGGGUCAUUGUCCUGUUGGAAGGUGAAUCUUUGCCCCAGUCUGAGGUCCUGAGCACUCUGGAGCAGGUUUUCAUCAAGGAUCUCUCUGUACUUUUUUCCAUUCAUCUUUCCUUCGAUCCUAACUAGUCUCCCAGUCCCUGCCAUUGAAUAACAUCCCCACAGCAUGAUUCUGCCACCACAAUGCUUCACCGUAGGGAUGGUGCAAGGUUUCAUCAGACCAGAGAAUCUUAUUUCUCAUGGUUUGAGAGUCUAGGUGCCUUUUGGCAAACACCAAGCGGGCUGUCAUGUGCCUUUUACUGAGGAGUGGCUUCUGUCUGGCCACUCUACCAUAAAUGCCUGGUUGGUGGAGUGCUGCAGAGAUGGUUGUCCUUCUGGAAGGUUCUCCCAUUUCCACAGAUGAACUAUGGAGCUCUAUCAGAGUGACCAUCGGGUUCUUGGUCACCUCUCUGACCAAGGCCCUUUUCCCCCGAUUGUUUGGCCGAGUGGCCAGCUCUAGGAAGUGUCUUGGUGGUUCCAAACUUCUUCAAUUUAAGAAUAAUGUAGGCCACUCUGUUCUUGGGGACAGAGUGGCCUACGUCUCGGAGCUCUAUGGACAAUUCCUUCGACCUCAUGGCUUGGUUUUUGCUCUGACAUGCACUGUCAACUGUGGGACCUUAUGUAGACAGGUGUGUGCCUUUCCAAAUCAUGUCCAAUCAAUUGAAUUUACCACAGGUGGACUCCAAUCAAGUUGUAGAAAUCUCAAGGAUGAUCAAUGGAAACAGGAUGCACCUGAGCUCAAUUUUGAGUCUCAUAGCAAAGGGUCUGAAUACUUAUGUAAAUAAGGUAUUUCUGUUUUUUAUUUUUUAUAGAAUAGCAAACAUUUCUAAAAACCUGUUUUCGCUUUGUCAUUAUGGGGUAUUGUGUGUAGAUUGAUGAGGAAAAAAUGUAAUUUAAUGAAUUUUAGAAUAAGGCUGUAACGUAACAAAAUGUGGAAAAAGUCAAGGGGUCUGAAUACGUUCUGAAUGCACUGUAACUCCUCUCCUUGCUCAACUCCUCCACUCUCACACACUCCCUCCUCCCCACCUUUCUUUCUUUCUCUCUCUCUCUCUCUCUCUCUCUCCCACAUCCCCUCCUCUCUCACUCACUUACUCAUUCACUCACUUUCCUCUCUUUUUUUUAUCAUGCAGGCUCUGAAGAACAUCGCAGCCAUCAGUCUGGCUAUCAAUUACCCCAAUAAAUCCACCAAGCUGCUCAAUACAUCCCCCUGAGAAUGGAGAGAGAGACGGAACGAUGGAGAGAGAGGAAGAGAAAAAGAAAGCGAGCGACUUGGAGGGGUGGAUAUCCUCAUAUCCUGUCUCUGGGAUGAAGG